AGGCAUAUUUUAAAUCAUUGAACAGACUGUGGACGCUUAUUGGACUCAAACCCGAGGUUGAAUUAAGGCUUUCACGUGUUUUUUCAGGCUUUGAUUCAUGAGUGAAAUUUUGCGCUCCUCUUUUCGCUGCCAACAAACCCUUUCAACACGGACUUCUCCACCCUGAAUUGGUCUACCAGGAUCAUUUAGUCUUAAUAGACCAAGCUAAAGUCAGAGGAUUGCACCGCAAACUACUUUUCCCGUGGAGGUCCCAACAAGCACCCGGCGCUGCCUCUGCGCGCUCUGCUGACGCAACCACGUCGCUGUGGCUCAAUUCGAUGGCGGACCGCAGUGUCCCCAGACUUGCCCAGGGAGGGACGGAGCAAAGUCACUGAGCCACUCUCACCGGCGCUGUUAAUCUGCCGUCUGACCACCUGUGAAAGAGAGGCUGCAGCCACCGUUCCCGUCCCUCCCGUGAAGUAGCAUGCGGGACGGGCUGCGCGCUGACCGGGACGAGCCAGAAGUGGAGUGAAGAGCAGCAGUACCGUAGUGUGCCGGGCUGACGCGCCGCAUGUUGAGCCAGCAAGUUCACUGAAACAACAAAAGUCGCGUUGACGGGGAAGGGGACAGUCGCUCUUGGAUAUAGCGGAGGUUUGAGGGGAUACCUGUUCCGGCAAAAUGAAAUUCGCGGAACAUCUUUCGUCUCAUAUCACUCCGGAGUGGAGGAAACAGUAUCUUCAGUAUGAGGUAAAGUGACAUUUUCACCCUUUAUUGUCAUAAACACCUGGUGGAUUUGUAGAAGGAAAAAAGGUAAUAAUGCCUUUAUGAAAAAGUGUAUUGAAGAGUCAUUAUUUUGUUUGGCACUGCUUCAAAAUCUGUAUGAUUUUUAUUUUCAGUCUGAGAAAGCUUUCUCCAUGAAACCAAAAGGACGAGGAAAAGAUAGGAUGUCCUUUUGUUUAUGAAGGGGAAAUAGACUGCGGGAAAAGCCAUAGGGAGCAUUCAGCGCUUUAAUUGCUCUUUGCUGAAUUAACAAAGCCUAUAAAUGCACAUGAUGGACAAUUAACUUUAAAAUCAAAUUCAUUUAAUGCUGGAAUACAUUAGAAAAGUACUUUUUAAUCUAAUCAUUUAUAGCAAACAUAUUUCGAAAAAUAGAAUAAAUAAUUAAUAUCACCAGCGUCUUUGUAUGUGUAUUUUUAGCAGUUUCUUUGCAAAAUAACAGACAACAUUUUAGUCGUUUUAAUUUUGUUUUCUUAUCUUUUGAAAUGUUGGAGUCAGUCAUAUAACUGAGAGGCAUAAAGAAAAAAAAAGGGAAACGGUUUUAUUUCUAGUUGCUUCAGUUAUUUUAGAGAAAACUUAAAUUAGCACAACAUGCCCUAUAUGUCUUAAAAUAAAAAAUGUAAGCAUAUGGGUUUAAUAUUAUUAUGUAGUGAACUCGUUUUUAUUUGAUUUUUCCCUCAAUAUUAAAGGAAUGGUUGUCUCUUGGAGUCAGCCUGCAGCACUUAAUAUUACGUUAUAUCCUGUCUGAUCUCUGAUGGCUGUAGAUUUAAAAUAAGAACCUCUCUGUGUGUGCAAACAUAGUCUUUGUUGGCUGGUGUACAGUACUUGAAGAGUAUUUUAGUUUCACACCCCACUUCUUUGCCCUGCUGGCUCUACAUUAAGAGCUUUAGAGCAGACGUGCAGUGACAGGACAGGUUGCUGGCUUCCAUUUAGCUCUAUGAAUUAUAGACAAAGACUGUUCUCUUCUACAUCAGCAGCCUGCAUCCAGACUCAACAGAAGCUCACUGCACUGGUUUUAUUUUGGAAACAUGCCCUGAGUGUUAUGAAUAAGUUGCAUAAUUGCUACAGCAGACAUGUGGAUAUGUCUUUGCUGACAGGAGUGAUAGAUGGUCAUCAUUGUGCCAUAAAAAAACAUCUUCAGGAAUCAAAACUUGAUAGGAAAUAAGACAGAGACCUCAGAAAUGUGGUAGAUAAAGUUAAUAAAAGGACAACAGUUGUGUAGAUUUAUUAAUGCCCAGCUUGUGUGGGGUCUUUGUAUGCACAGACUGACACACAGUCAGCACAGGGACAGAUGCACAGACAUACCAGCCAUUUUACACCUCCAGUUUUCAGUGCCGCACUCACUGACCUGAGAUGGAUGAUGAUAGAUUUUCUCCGUCAUUUGCGUUUAAUGAAGGUCUUCACUUAUUUUGAGUAAAAUAACCCUGAAUUGAAAUUUGAUUUUAAAGAUUACACUAUUUUGACAACACAUUUAUGAUAGCAACAUUAAAUAAUUCGAUUUAAGUAAAAAGAUAAGCUCUUAAGGUAUUACUGCAAUUUUGUUUACAUAUGAGCAGAUCUUGCAAAGUUUUCAAAAGAAACCACAUUUUUUAAUGGAAAAGUAUACCGGUGUUGAAUUUCUGUUUGGCUUUUUCAAUCUUUACUGAACACUUCAAUAUUUUUAGAGUUCAAUCGAGAAGAAAAGAGGAAAUCCUGUUAGACAACUGACCCACCAUAAAUACACAAUUCACAUUGGAUCAAGGAUUUUUUCAAUCUUCCCGAAAAUCGAGCCAUCUCUGAGACAUGUCUCUGCAUGUGUAGCUGUUCUUGAAUUCUUGAAUAAUGCAGAACAACAAGGUCAGACCUUAAGAAUACGGUUUGUAUUCUGUCUCAAAUCUGAAUUAUAUAUAGUGUUUGCAGCAGUGAUGGAUAUGUGGGUUUUUGGGUUACUAUAGCUGCCCUCAGUUUUAGUGGACCCCUGUAAACAUCAUCACCUUCUGAGUGGGUGGAACAGGGAGUGGGGCUCUUAGCUGCUGAUGAUGAUGAAAAUUAGUUUCAACACUCUUAUGUUCUCUGGAAUCAGGAAGCAUGGGCAGAAAAGUUAUGCAAUGAAGUGAGUUGAUGUAAGAGAAGUGGGUCACUGAAAUAAGCUAGACUUGAAUGCAAUCAAUUUUAAUAUGGUUCUGAAAAAUGCAUAGACUUGAUAUGCUGCUGUGCUGCUGCAUAGGCAGUGUCAGUCAUUUACCAUACAAAUAGGUGUGGCAGGGGCCACUGAAAACAAGAUUAUGCAGCUCUGUUAUAAAUAGCCCCUCUGUCAAACCUUCUAUUAACAUGUCUUUUGCAGAAUGCAGAAAAAUGACAUUUGAACACGAGCCAUGUUACAGCUGCCCACGUCCUAAUCGACAGUAUUUUUAAAGUGAUAGUCUUGCUUUUGUGUGCCAGUUGGAUUAAUUAACCUACUGCCCGCUUUUCAUUGUCCUCCUUUUGUGUGGCAAACUGUGUGCUGUCUAUUUAGAUUGGUCAGCCUGUUUCUAUGCAAAUGAGAGGAAUGCGGCAUGGUGGCCAAUCCAGCAAAGACACACUUGCGGUACCGAGGCACUUCAUUCAGCCAUGAAAGAAUCGACAAGGCCAUUGAAUGAUGGACUAAUUAGGCGUGUGCCUCAUCCUGUGGAAUCAUGGUUAUGAACCUGUAUGCUAAACAGCUGUUUGCUAUGGAGGUGUGCAUGUCCAGAGGUGAUAUGCUAAAGGACAGAGGUUGCAGGUCAAUAGCUGGGGAGGGAAUCUGACAUUAAAUGCAUAGAGGCUGUGUGCAGAAAUAAUUGCGUAAACUCUUGAGUGAUAAAAGUUUUUUGUUUUUUUUGAAAGCCUGAAUUUUUUUCUCUGCAAAGCAAACUUGUUCCUUUUCAUGUGAGGUGAGUGUAGAUAAUAAGGCUUUGAAACUGCUGAAUCCAGAUGUAUCCUGAAUACAUAAUGCACAGUGAACAUAAUAGAGGUACACAGAAAGAGCGAGAGAUGUAGAUUCAGGUGCGUGGGCAGGAGAACAACGCCACUUAUGCAUUUACCUCUGCAGUCUAAUCACUUGUGUGAGCUUAGAUGAGGAGGAGGAGGAGGAGGAGAGUGCAUGUAGACACUCACAUUUACAAUUCAAACAAGCAGAGUGAUAUUAUGUGAGGAAUAACAGAUGCCUGUGUGAUUUCAGGGAGUCAUCCCAGCUUGUUCCAACAAGUUAUACACCAUGUCAGUAUGUCUACACCAGCUCUUUAAGUUUCUAUUGUGAUAGAAACAAUGAAAAAAGGUCAUAAAAUGUACUCACUUUAUGUGUGAUUUGUGCUAUGAAGUUGUGAUUUAUUAGCAUGUUUAACAUUAUCAACAUUAUGUAUGAACAACAGGCACUGCAUGGUAACUGCUGAGAGGGCCCCUCCUCUGCCCCUCCCUCCUCCUUUCCAUUCUCACCUCAGUGUUCCUCCCCCACUGGGAGGACAUCUGGUCCCCAACGAGACCUGCCCUCCACUCCCCUUUUCCCCUCCCUGCAUCCUCUCUCUCCAUCCUCUUCAAUUCUCCGUCUACUAGCAGGAAUCCACUCAGACACGGAUUGGAGUGAUCCAUUAGGAGCUCUUUUUGAUGCCGAUAUCUCCUUCAGCCUAGCGCUGCAUGCACACCGUGUGAUCUCCUCAAGCACAGGAAGGAUGAUCUGAAGCAUCCUAGAGGAAAGAUUUACUCAAAUGUUUUGGUUUGUGUCCACUCAAUGUGUCCCACCUAUUAAAGGAUCCAGGCGACUACACACGCUGCACUGUCAGUCGCACACUUGUGUUACACUCAUGUUUGCUUUAGUGUGUAUGUAUCAUCAUCACACUAAUGCAUGGUCAUUCGAACUGAUGGCCCCAUUAGGCUUGGCUUAGUUAUUGUCUACAGGUUUCAGCACUGAUUACUGCCGAGCCCGAGGUUUAUCUUGAUUCCCUAAAGAGCCAACCCAACCCCCCUCCACCAUCACCAUGGCGAUGCCUCCAUGCCUGAAUCUGAACAUCUAUUUCCCACCUAUUAGGCAAGGGAGGGGGGGCUUUUAGCUCAAAGAGGCCUUCUAGGACUGGAACAUGCACUAAGAAUGUGUGUGUAGAGUUUGUAUGAGCUCUCAUAGAUAUGGCAGAGAUGAUGCUACACACAAAUGAAAUGUUGACCUUUUCGGUGCAUGUAACUCACAGAGGGAGCUAAGCAGCAAGAGAGCAGGUCGCUGCUGCUAAUGUACAGCAGUUUCUGAGUGGUUUCCACCCACACACAGGACUACUCACACUGGCCUUUAACUGUGAUGUUACAAAAGCAGAGGGUUACAUCGAAACCUGGACAGUGAGAGCACUCUGAUUUGAUCAGUGGUGAGUCAGGAAACAUGCAGGUGGCCAGAUCUGGAUGACAGAUUUUAUUUACUGACAAUAUGAGCUGACGGUGUACUUUAUUAAAUGGUGCAGAUUUUACGCUAAAUGUUAAGACAUGACUUGGUACAUAGUGCACAAUGAAGCCCCAGACCUAUUUUCUAUUUACCCAGUGCAGCUUGUAUUUCUUAAUCUUUAUCAAGCAAAGGGGACUCAGUCUCUGUCUUUCCUCUGAUUGCCACUGAUAUGUCAGAUGAGCUGGCAUGCAAUUAUCUGUCAGUUUCCAUUAUCUUCAAGAUCAAUCUUAUUGUCUUGUGCAGAGAAACAACCUCAUUCAUCCACUGCAACUAUCGCUCUCAUUCUCUCUGCGCCUUUUGUCCAUCAGUCCAUCUUUCUAUCUCUCUAUCUUUCCUCUACUCAGCAUACAGUUUGAAUUACACAGGUCUUUUAAUGAAAAACUGCGGUCUAUCAGACUUAAGAAUUAUCAAAGAAGAAUAUUCAUUUAGAUUGGAAAGCACAAAAUGUCUCAUGAAAGAACGAGAAAGAUUCUGAAAGAGACACAUACUGGUUUGUGGUCAUCUUCUAUCAUGAACAGAGAUAAAUCAGGCAACUGGACUAAGAUAAGUUCAUGUGGAUCUAUGUUGUAAGUUUUUUAAACUGUUAUAGACACAUCUUCGCAACUAGUGUUAGUUUGAGUUAGGGAUGCACUGAUCGGAUAUCAGCUCUGAUAUUGACAAAUUAGCUGGAUCGGAUAUCUGAUGAAUGACUCCGAUCCAGCGUUCUGAUCCAGUGUUUUUUCUUUUUUCUUACACAGCAACACAGCGAUUCUGUUCGCUCUUUAUUCUACGUCUGUCAAUUUUUUUGCAUUAAAUGUUUACAUGGAAGUCUUACUUCUUUUUGCUGUGUGCUAAUGUGCAAUUUGUUAUCUGUUAAUAACUAAUAUAAAGUAAAUCUGUUUUAUUAUGUUACCUCUUUUUUUUUUUAAACAAGGCUAAUGUCAAGCCUGAAGCCUUCACUCACAGGGCAAGAGGUAUUCAUUCAACGGUAGUACUGGAUCAGUAUUGGACAUCAUCCGAUAAGCUCAGUCCAGGUAUCAGUAUCGGAUCGGAAUGGAUUGGUGCAUCUCUAAUUUGAGUAAAUGAGAUCAUUAAAACACCAGGGUUUGCGCGUGGUUGAUUAUGUUAACAGCUGUGUUGCGGUUGCUGUCAUCCUCCCAUAUGGAGAAUGAGAGUUUAGUUUAUGGCUCUCAAAUGGCUUCAGAUGGUUUCAUUGCUUCUAUGAAAGCAGAUGGACCUGACAGUUGUGUGAUGCUUCAUGAUUUACUGUAAACACUUGUUACUCGUACUAAUGUUUGUACUUAAAUUCCCAAUUUGUGCACAUGAUAAUUAAUUUUUUUGUCUCAUUUUCUCCACAGGCGUUUAAGGAAACGCUCUAUGCAGCCCAGGACCAAGCCCCAUCCAUAGAAGGUAAGGAGACUCCCUGUUCGGAUAAACAAACUCUCACACACAGACACAUCUUCACAGACACGCACUUCUGUACUCAGUGCUCUCUGCUCAGGGCCUGUUUGGGCAUCCCCAGAAUAACAGCUCUUCAUCUGCUAAAAAUAGGUGGAAAUCAGUGCUCUCAUGCUACCACUUACUGCAUAGACUAUGGCUUAACCAGACUAGGCCUGAUUACUAAAUCAUUACCCUCUACCUUAUCAUAAUAUUGGCCAGCAGAAGUCAGUGAAGCUCCAAAGUGAAUAAAAAAGUUUAAAGAUGUGCAUAAGUUGUAAAGUUGUGGAUUUGUUGUGGUUUAAAGAGAAGCUCUUUCUCUCUCCUAGUGAGGUUAACUCUGAAAACAACAGUGUUUGAUAAACCCGUGUGGCAGAGCGGUGCUGGAGUCCAACGACCAGCAGUAUCAAAUGUUGCUGCUCGACAGCAAAGAUAAGGAAGGCCACCUGCUAAAAUUAAUCUUUGACAUUAGACAGCAAGUGAUUCAUGCAGAGGGAAAGAAUGCAAACCAUUUGUUUUUAUUUUAGAUUCCUGUUUGAGGAGGUAAACAACUUCACUCAGCUGCAGACUUUUAGUUUAUAAAGUGUUUAUGAGGCUGUGGUCUGUUGAAAACGAAAUUUAUGCUGAAAUACUGAUCAAAAGUGACCCUAAAUAUGUCUGUAUAUUUGUAUUUGUGAUUGGACAAGUGUGUGACCCCAUGCCCAAAUGCGAGUGUCUACAACUGCCAGAGCUCAGUUUCAGCUAAGUAGUCUUGGUGUGUGUUGGAGUAUAACGUGAUCCCGUAAAUGAGAGCCAGAGAAGUACCACAGAGUCUCAGAGAGUCUGGAUGACAGAGCUCAGUGUGUAUGAGUCAGCUUCAGGCACAGAAAUCAGUUUCGGUUUCAUUGGUAGACUUAUUUUUGGCUGCAGUUGGUGUGAAAAGAGACUCCCAGAGUUUCUCAUGUAGAAAUAAGUUAAAUGUUUGAAAGCUGACUGUGCCAGUAAGAGGGGUUUUUGUAGUUCUUUAUCACACAGGUCUUGUAUAGCGAUAACAAAUGGGCUGUGUCUCUCUUUAUGAAAACCGUCUCCAGAGGCUGUUAGCAGCGCUCACAGUCCAGCACGGAUGAUAAAUCACUUCCUGUCGCAGGUCUGAGCUGUACUCAUAGGUCACUGCUUUGCUUCUGUCAGCUUGUCGCAAGAUAGGUGAGGCUGUCUUACUCACAGGGGGAGGAUAGAUCAAUCAGUAUAAAUUCAUACUGUGUCAAUCAUCUUGUCCUGUUGUGACAUUUUAACGUCCCCCUCUGAAUCGAAUUGAUUUGUGUGCCUCCACACCCUUUAACACGGUACAGGGUGUAAACAAUAACACUUGAGGAGCCAAAAGGAAAGAUCAGCUGAAGAGUUUUCAGAAGGAUGUCUUUUCUUCCUGUAUCUUUAGUGGAAAGUCAGAAAGACUUUGAAAUCAUGAUGAUGAAAACAGCAGCAGACAAACAGUGCGAUCGAGCCAUGCGCACCUCUCUCUCCUGUGGCUGAGAUUUUGUUGACUUUUCAUAAGAGAAACCAGAUUAGUAGGUGUUAAAAAAAACAAGCUCACUGCAGCACUGUUUUUUUUUUAUCAGCCACAAGAUCCAAUCUGUAAAAUCUGAUCACAUUUGAACUGGGCCAGACUGAUAUUGGAAAAAUGAUCUAAACUUAUAAAGGUGCCUGGUUUGAGGCAGAUGGUCUUUGGGGUUUUGCUACCAAUCACACAGGAGCUUAUUUGAAACCUUUAUCAAAUUUUCUUUGUCUUUUACCCAUUGGCUUCGUUAUUGAUACAUGAAAUUUCAUUUUCCAUUUCCAUGUGUUAUACACCAACUAUGAAUUAAUCUAUGCAAUCAAAAUAUCCAUGGAAAACCACUGGAGCUGAAAUCAGCACUUAGUGUUUCUCAAGUGAUUCAAGUCCAAUUUUUGUAGAACUCAAAGUGAUGGCCUCAUGUGUCUUGUAUUAUCUCCUACACUAGUUCAUUUACCUGUCGAAUGAAGAAGCUGAAAUUAAUCCAAUCCUCAAAAUUAUUAGGCUAAAAAAAAAAACAGACUAUUUUUUCACAAAUACUAAUCCUCAAUCCGCUAAAUAAAGAAACCACUUUGGUGCAAGAAACAAAUGACCAUCAUUUUAAUAAUUACUUUUUGAUUAAAAUAGUGAUUUUUUUUUAAGUGUAAUUUAAAAUCUCGAUCACUACAUUUAAUUUAUUCUAAACUGAUCGAUUGAUUAUGAGCCUACUUCUUCCUGUCUCAGUUUCUCUCCCUCUCUCUGAGUCUUCUGCCUCACUCAUUAGGAAAAAGCAGCUUUUUUGGUAUUCAGAGGACGCUCCCCUUGCCUAAGGGAGACAGUUUACCGGGUUAUAAUCACUCUGCUCGCUCACUGGACACCCCGCUACACCUGAUAGAGCUGUGAGGGAGAGAGACUCAACUGAACAGGCAGCACUUCAAAGCCUCUGUCAGGGCCUUUUACAUGUGUAGACUGUUACUACAUGGCUGACAGCAUCAGAAAUAGUGUAAUAGGGAAUCACAGGAACCUCUGUGGGAACGCUCCGCUGAAAAUCAUCACCUCCAUUUUUAGAUUAAUUAAUCCUUUUAGUUCAAAGAUAGGGGUAAUGGACUGAUUGAUAGAAGGGAUUAACACAGACAUACUCAAAUAAAGAUGGUUCUGCCUCCACACAUAACCCCUCACCCCUCAUUAAAAUCCUUUGUCCUCAUCCUCCACGCCUCUCUUUCUGGGCUUGUGGAGCUGUAAUUAAGACACACCUGUCCCUGUACAGAGAUGAGCCACUGGACGACAAGAGAGAGAACAGCUGGCUGAAUCUCGAGCUCCCUCUGUUCCAAUCAUUACAAUGAGCUAUAACACCAUCUAAUUCAAUUAGUUCAGAGAUCAUAGCAGAGAUAUGAGAACAAUGGUCUGGAUAAUAAACUCAUAGCUGUAGCGGGGUGUGUGUGAGUGAAUGUAAUGCUAUCUACGGCAAUGUUGUAAUGCUGUAUGCUAUACAUACCUUUUGUUUGAUGUAUAUUGGGAUUUUUUCUGCAUGGGGAAGAAGUUUCAUACCAGUCAUUCAUUCACUCUUCCUCAUUCAUUCAUUUCUUUAUUCACUGUGCCAUUCAUUCUGCUGCUGUGUAAUGAAUGUCUAUCACUGUGAUGGUAUCUGUGCUGGGCUAGAGUGAGUGGGAGCUGUGGGAAAAUGGCAGUGAUGGCACUGGUUGAUUCACACUGGGACUAUGGGUGGGGCUUACACACACAUACACAUACGAACGCUAACACAGGCAUGUUGUCCAAGGAGGGGGUGGGUCGCUAUCUUAUCGACUUUCAGCUCAGGAGACCAGAGGAUGGAUUUCCUUCUGAGUCACAGGGUCUCCGUGUUGGAGAUGAGUGAAACAGACAAAGAAGAAAAUAACUAUGAUUGGAUGAUGUAUAAUCCAACAUAAUCAUUUCUGUCUCCUCUAGUAAAGGUCUGUCUUCACCAAAUUCCCACCUUAUUUUUACCACAGCCUUGUGGCUCGGCUGGCAGUUGCCUCAACCCUUCAGGGCUUUCCAUGUUUUCUGCAGCCAAAUCGAUAAGUGUACAAAAGCAGUGGUGUGAAAAUAGGAAGCUUGCAGUGCUUCUUGGUAUGGUGGAGAACUCCUGUACCAUUUCUUACGAAGAUACAACAUGAAAUUGACCUAUAAAUCUCUUCUUUAUCAAAUUCCAUUAAUGGUCAGUCAAUCUUGAAAAAAUGAAAAAAAUGUACCUUAAGACGCUUGACAAAGUGAGCUGAUCAGACCAUACCCUUAAUUAUGUAAAGACACAUCAUCAAGAUAGGACAAGAUGAAGUCCCAUCUUGUAGGAAUAGAACCGCUCCUAUAGCAGCAUAAGCAGGACUAAACCUGAAAAGCUCUAACUUUACCAGAAAAGGAAGAUUUUAAAGCACUUUUAAAAGUUGAGGGGAUGUCUGCCUAACUAAGAAGACUCUGCCACCCAGACUACAGACGACAAGCAUGCCUACACACUUGUUCUGGUAUGGUAAUAGGGAAUUACAAGCCCAACUAUGAAGAGCUCUGUAAGUCAGAUGACGGGUUUUAAAUUCUUUCCUAAAGAAACGAAUACAGUAGAGAUAAGCUCUCCGCUCUUGAUUUGGGUCAGCACUCAAUCUUCAGUGUUUUGGACCAGCUAAGGUCUUUAAAGACUUGUUAGGACAGCCUAAUAGACAGAAAUGACAGUAAUCCAAAUUUAGAGGGAACUCAUGUUCUGGCUAGGUUUUCUUCUUUGUUAAAGGGUAUAUAUCCUGAUCAAAAAAACCUCCUAGAUUCUUAACAGUGGUGCCUGAUGCCAGACUAAUGCCAUCUUCUGCAUUUAUAUUACUAGAAAAUAUAUCUCCCUGAUGUGUUUGGGGACCAGAACUGUAUCUUCAGUUGUCAGAAUCAAGCGGCAAAAAAUUACAGGUCAUCCAGGUCUUUAUUUUGUAAAUGCAGGCUUCAAGUUGGUGAUAGAUAAAAUUAAAUAUCAUCAGCAUAUCCAUGAAAAUAUAUCAAGAUUUUAUUUGUGAUAUUCCAUAGAGAAAGCCCAAAUGAAAGGUGAAAAGAAUUGGUCCAAGCACUGAGCCAUGUGGAACUCCAUAUUAAUCUUGGUGGGCACCAUCUGUGAUCCAAAUGAUGUCAGUAAAAGAUAUUCAUGUGCAGAGAUUGUUACAGGGCCUUGCAAAUUGAACAUAUGUGGCUGUUACUAACAUGAGAUAUCUCCACCAUUUUACUCUGCUGUGGCUGCUUCAAGUCUGUGCUGUCUCUUGUUCUUUAGUCGCUGUGUGUAAGUCUCUGUUUGUCUGUCUGUCCGUGUAUUUGUCUAUUUCUCUGCUACUUUCUCCUUCUUCACAUUGCUCUGGUUGGGUGGUUGAAUACCUUGUUGACCGAACACAGCCUACACACAACUUUACUGAAUAAAAUACAACAAAGAGACAUUCUUUGUAUGUUAAAAGUCACAAGAGGACUUUUAUUGUGUUUCAGCCUUUGUAGGAAAAAAAAAGGGGGGGACUUACUGACAGACAUGGUGUCGUGUUUAGGACCUGACUAGUCUUGAGCUAGACAUGAAAAUGAAAUUCUCUCUGGAUACUGUCCUGCUAUUACAGCAGAAACAUCAAGUCUUCUGGUAGUGUGAAGUAGACACAAAAACCACCAAAAUUAUCCAGUAGUUAAAUUUCCAAUCUCAGGCACCACCUCAACUCUACACCAUGUCUGCUAUUGUUCCCGCACCUUCUUGAACAUUUUUUUCUCAUUCACGUGGCUCUUUAUGGCUUUUCACAGAACAUUGAAUCUGGAAACUGUUGCAUCUUUUCCUGUUCUCCCAGUGGCCCUCUUACAGCUGUCUGCUGAAUACUUUUGUGUCUGUGUGCGAACCAUCAUACCUGAACUACAGAGUGAAAAUGGCAGCAUGAAUCACUGCCCCAAAUUACCUCAAAAACACCUUUCGGCCAUCACCUAUACUGUUAUUUUCUAUUGGUCAUGAUGGUUGCUCACCAGCCAUUUUGUCUGCUGUUGUUGACGAACAUGAUGAGAGGUUAGUCGAAGCCUGUAUGAUCCGGCGCUGAUUGUUAUUCCGCUGGCGUGUAUGGUGGAACAGCAGCUGUUAUUACUGUUUUGUUCCCCUCUGAGUCUGCACUUGCCCCCCUGUGAAGAAAAGCAUCCUGAUUUCUGUCAUUUUUAAGCAGUCUUGCAAAAGAAGAGCUGCAUCCAUUUUUCUGUUCCAUUUUAAAUUCUCAAGAGUGAUAUUUACCUUUCCCUUGGUUCAAACCACUGCAUCAAUAUGUUUCUUUUAUAAGAAUCCUUCAUUUUAGGGUCAUUUAUGUUGCAGCUUUUCAACACAGCAGUGACUGUAAUGCAUUUAAAGUCCCACUCCAAUCGUAUUUUUUUACUACUUAAAGUGUUCUCAUUGGUCUUUCAUUGGGUUUUUAAAGUUUUCACCAAGAAUAGCACCAUUUCACCAAGCCUGUGUCAUUUUCAAGGACUUUUCUUCUGCAGAGUUCCAGUAAAUCAUUAGCAAUUCACCUCUGAGUCGUGGGCAGAGACAACGCUGCUCUGCACACUCGACUUCACGUUAGCUUACAGCCUAACAAUGCAGGUAUAGUAGAAGUGGCAGGUAACAUAGGAGUUAUUCAGCUCUCAGACACUAAUGUCUUAAGGGACAUGAUAAAAGCUAAUAUCAUAAUUAGCUUUCUCAUGAGCAUUACAAUCUGCUAACGCAUAGGCUUGUUCCGCGUCCUCUGUAUUUGUCCUCUAUAUGCAGAGUGUGGCCUGCAUAGCGGGGCUCCAGAGGCGGAGCUUGGAAUUGUGACAUAAGAAAUCUCACUGUGUCUGAACCUGCCGUUUGGGUCUGCCAGAGAUUCACUGUGAUUUUAAUGAAGAAAUACUAAGAAAAGCAAUUUCACAUUUAGUUUUCUCAUGAUAUGUCCUGUAGCAUCAGGAAAAUGCCUUUGAACAUAUAGAAAACAAGAAAACAUGAUUUUCAUCGGAGUGGGUCUUUAAAGUGCACAGUUGUCAGUAUCACCUGCCUGGGUUUCUGGAGCCAUAGUUGGCCUUAUUUUGAUUAGCUGUUGGAGCUGCUGAGAAGAGAGAAGGGUUAGCAAACACUAAUUCAGCAAAGUUAUUCAUUUCCAUGGCAGGACUAAUACAUUUGCUGGCUUGAUUACAAGCCACUCAACACAUGGUGAGAUUCUUGGAAAUUGCUUCCUAUGAAUGCUAGAUUAAUCAAGAUCAAAAAAGAAAACUGGAGCACAAAUUUAUUGCACAACUUAACAGCAGCAAGCCAUAAAAAUUUUCUGGUACUUUCAUGAAAAAGUCUCCAUAACACAACAGCACCACAAAUAAGGCCAAGAUAACAUUUUCAAUGACUCAACGCACAAGAGUACUUUAUGAAUUAUGAAUACCUUUUUAUGCAUCUCGGAAUAGUAAAUAAAUAAAUGAAUACAUACAUGUUCAGCAAGUCUCCCGGGCUCAGCUGCUCAAGGAUACACACACAACAGACACCUGGGCAGUGGGGUUAUAGAAAUAAAUACACCUGUGUGUGUGUGUGGUUGGAGAGACAGACAUAUGCUGGCAGGAUGGCAAGAGGUCAGGCAGGCGCUCGGGAGGUGAGAAAGAUGGUGGAUAUCAGGGAGACAGAUGGACAGCAGACAGACAGGUAGACAGGCAGGGAGGGUUCAACAGGACGGCAGUGUGUCAGCUGAGGUCUCCCACCAGCCUGCAUUAUUGAUGGGCUCUUUGACAAGCUGCUGCUCAUGACUGGUUCCAAGCGCUAAUUGUUGUUUUUUAGUGGGGGUUGGUUCCUCUUUUUGUCCUUAAUUAUGGUGCCAUGUUGAAAUUGGAUUAAAAGAAAAAGCCAAGUCACACCUGAUCCAAUAGAGCAUGAUUGAAAGAGGACUGAGAGAGUAGGAUUUUAUUGGCACAGACUGAGGGAGACCUUUUGAGAAUUUGAGCAGAAAAAAAUGUAUUCAAAAUUUUAUUCAUUGCUAAUAAAAAUGCAAAUAAAGACGACUAAGGCUUUUUUUUAUACAGUGGGGAUUUUUAUUCCAAAGUAUAGUGCAACUAAUAGCCAUUAAAAAGGGAAAUUCUUGAGCCUCGGCAUCUAUAACAAAUCCAAAGAAUAUUUCUCUUGGCACCUGAGCGCGUUAAGCUUCCAGCGUGGAUUUAAGGCAGUCCUGAUCCCUCAAAGCAUUAAUGAAGGAGGUGGAUUGUGAGAUUGGUCCUUUCUCGAGACUUCUAACAGUAUAAGUAGGGGGAGAAGCAGGGGGGGUCAGGGUCAAUACAGACCUGGGAUCUCUAUCCCAAGGUCAGGCACUAAUUGAAUGAAGGAUAAUGAUCGAUGAAAAAAGGUGAUAGGGACAUAGAUGAAAACUAGAAUGAUAAAGAUAGCCACUACUCUUUCUUUGACAUUGAUGUUGGUAUUGUGAUAGAAUACAGAAAAGGAAGUAUGUUGUAAAAUAAUGAUAAACUGGUUAUAUGUAAUUGUCAUAAAUGUCCAGUCUGUAAGAAGAAGACAGACUCAGAAAGAGAGAUAGAGUGAUCCUUCAGGCAGCAGACAGACAGACAAACAGACUGAGUGGGAGGUCCCUGGGCUCAUCUCCAAUGCAUGUUGCCCUGCAUUAGCACUACGGCCAUCCUGCAAAAGAAAGACAGAAAGAGAGAAAGAGAACCUUGAUAGAUGAAAGUCUCCUAUCCGUCCAUCCAUCCAUCCAUUAUUCAUUGGUGAAUUAGAUCUCGCCUGAAUGAAGGAGAGGAGAAAGGGGAGGAGAGGGAGAGAGAGGAAUCUGUUGUGACGUUGGGAAAGGGUGAGGAGUUCAGGUUAGGAUGUGUUUCAUGCAGAGAGGGUAUUUUUAGAAAUUUGGUACAUUUUACAGAAGUGUGGACGGAUGAGAUUUCCAGUGGUGCAAAUGUAGUGUUAGGAAAAUCAGGGGAAGGGAUUUGAGAUUUAAGAGUGAAGAGAGCACAGGGCUCGGGUGUGUACAGGACAUGGGAUAAUGAGUGGAAGGUUUUGUUGGGACUGUAAGUAGUGCUCAGAGGAGUCAAGGUCAGUCUACGACCCCGUGAGCUAGCAGCAGGGCUAUCGAAUAGUUAUUAGGAAAGCUAUGAGGGCUAGAGCACUUGUAGCAGGUGCUAGAGAUUUAUGGCACUGAUAGAGAGCCCCAAAGUGCUAUCGACAAUUCUUCAAAAGAUAUCACAUAAAAACCUAAUCUGUUCCCCUAAGUAAAGAAUUAAAAUGCAGCUACAAGAAGGUACAAUAUAAUUAAGUGUGCUAACAAAAUACACACAAAAAGUACUCAACAACAACAACAAUCACAUUUCAAGUAAGGAAAAAAAAGAAUUUACAUCUAGUUAGCUAGAUAGCAGCUACAUGCCAGCUGUAGGGAAGGUAUGUAAGGUAGCCUAGAAGUGGCAUGCUUCUUCUUCUGACUACUAAUGAGACAGUCCUGACUAUUGGUGUCAAGUUCCCAAACAUAUUGGAAAUGAGUGUUGUUGCUAGCUGAAUUAACAGUCACCAUCACAAACAAAAGCAGACAAUUUUUUUUUUUAAGCUGAAAUAUCUUAGGCUGCUAGACAGUGAACUGUAGAGCCUGAUUAUACAUUACACAAAUAUGAGAUAUGGGACAGCUGUAUACGAGGCAACUAAAUAAGUCAUACAACAAGCAAUGAAGGUCAAUGAUCAUGGCUACUUGCAUUAAACCGAUGUUGUUUUCAGAAGGUAUAACCCUAUCUAUGGUCUAUGUAUGUCUCCACAUGUAUUUUCAUUAUAAAGGUACACAGUCAGCAUUGCCUGUUCAGUGAGGCUUAAUACACUGCAACCCCUCUUUGGUCCUGGCUCUCAGUUCUCAAAUGUAGUUGUGAGUGCUUUAUAGGCUCAGAAGUCCUGGAGUCAACACUGUAUUAAUUCUUUCCCUGCAUGUGUGACUAAAUAUGUGUGCACAUCUGUCCCGGCCUUGGCGAUGAUCUCCUGAUCUUCAUAACUUCUGAACAUGUUGCCAAACUAAGGGUGACAGGAACAGGCUGUGAUCAUCUUCAAAGACGGACAGAAACCUCGAGCCGCUUCUCAAGACAACUACAAAAUAAUUUUCUCUAUCUAUAAACCUUUCACUACAAAGAGACUUGAAUCUUGCUAAUGCUAAGAAAAUAAGAUAUGGAUAACAUUAUCUGGCUGUUUGCCAUGUGUACAGCUGGGGAUCAUAUACAAAUCCGAGCUAAACUAUCUGAAGCAUGGGAGGCAUGUGAAUGUAAUGAGAACUGUCUGCGUUGAUCAGAAAUCAGCUGUCCAGGCCUCAGGGCUUUGGUGUAUUUGUUUAGCAUUAGCAUGGCUUCCAAUGUAUGAUCUGACCUCUGUUAUGAGGCAAGUUAUUGUUAUUAAUUGGCAAUGGGAAGCCCCAUCAACAGAUCUGGAUGCGUGCCAAAUAGAUCAGCACAGCUCUGCUAUGAAACGGAUCAGUCAGAGCUGACUGUGUGGCAUUUAUCUAGUGAGGAUUCACACGGGCUUGAUUUAGCUGAUGAAUUUCAAUGGAUUUAUUCACUGACUGAAUUGCUCUGCUGGAAUAAUAAAUGCUAAGUGGAUCUUAAGAUUUUGAUGUCAUGUGCGCCCAUGUGUCGUCCAUGUAUGUUUCAAGACUGAGGAUCAGCAGAUUGAGUUACAGAGGGAAGAAUGCAGAGCAGACAGGUGAUGAUGGAUGGAUAGAGAGAAGAAUAGGGACAUGCGACCUUGUCUGUGCUGUGUGUGUUUUGAUGAUUUUAUCUUCUCUCUGCUACUCUGGUGUAUAUCUCACUCUAGACAGAAGCUCACACACACAUACACAUAUUCAUGCAUGCAGAGAUUCUCUCAAACAGACACACAAGCACAUACAGAGUUGUAUUCAACAGGGGGUGUGGGUGUGAGUGUGAGCUAUAGGUGAUGACAACAGGGCCAUAUGCUGAUUUAUUUCUGGUGUUUUUUUCUUUUGGCACCAUAAUAAGAGUACAGUCACUGAUGAUAUUACAUGGUAUACACACUUGGCUUUGUAUAUGUAUUUUUUCUAUAAACAAAUGGAUAUUAAAAAAACAUUUGCUUGUUCUGUACACAAAUUUCAUUGUAAUGCAGUUAAAGGCUUUAGGUUUAGUGUUUUAUACUGCUUUAAUUUUAUCUGUAUGGACAUUAGCAACCUUUGGUUGUCGUUUUUGUCGUUUCAUUGGCGUCUUUGUACUGUAUGUGUUGGAUAGUGUGAAGGUCAUUGCAGAAGACGCAGCGUCCUUCACUGGACCAGUUUGCUGCAUUGUCUCUCUCUGGAGAAAUGGUCCGAUCUUUGCUGAGAUUGGCUCAGAGGCCUUGAAACGCUGGUACAAUGUACCAAUCACAUGACGCUAAUAUAGAGCUGUCUCCUAUAUUGCCAUAUUGACUUUCAGCUGAUUGUCAACAUAAUCACAGGCAUCAGCGCUUCAUCUUGCAGCAUGGGAAUUUAUUUCCAAGCUGAUAUCUGAUGGAAGAAAAAUCUCUUGCUGCUGAGUUUGACUUCAAAUUGAGCCUGGCACCAUAAGGGUCAUUUUCAGUGUAUUCAGAGUGUGUGUUUGUGUGUAUCUGUGCUUGGAGGGUGGGUUCCAGGGAUGGCAUAUAUUUGUGUUUGCUGUGCUCUUUAUAUAUUUCAUCCUCUACCGUUUGGCCCCUAAGAAAAAUUGUAGCAACACAGGCUGAGAAAGACAAAGAAGUGAGCAGACAGACAGAGAGACACUCAGAAAAAAUGAGAGAGAGCAACUAUGAAUGAGAAAAAGAGAGGUGACAUUGGUGGUAAUUGGAGGAAAAGAAGCGAAAGCCUCAGGGAGCCUCCUGUUUCAGGCGUUACUAUGGCUGACAAAAAAUGUGUGAGAAAUGAAGGAGAUCUGGAGGCAGAGUAAAAUAGAGUAACACAAAGCUCUUUCAGUUGCUUAUUAAAUAAAUUUGGAUUCAAAGCACAUCCAUAUUUCUCUCCUGUGAUGGCAGCAAUAAGAGUCAUGAUUUAGGUUUAAUACAUUUGAGUUCAGAGGGCAGAAGAAUAUUGGUCCAGAUACAUUUUUUUCUAUAUCAGCUUCUUCUAUUUCUGAGACAAAAGAAGUGAGACAGAUAUCAAUAAUUCACAGCUGUUGUUUCCUCUAGGACAGCCUGUCUGAUUUUUAUAUUAAAUCCUGAAUUAUUAACAGUGUGUUAGAUUGGAAAAGUGGUGAAUCUCCCUCCUGAUGCUCAUGAAUCAGUAUAUAUCACCCACAAAAGCCUAAAACAGGUAAAUAGUUCAAGUAUUAAAGUAGGAGGUAAAUGAGAGCUGUGUAAGUGCAGUUUUAUUUGUAACAAUUACAUGGAUUUCACACUAAAUACUCCACAGAGACUUUAACUCACAAAGGAAUACAAACGUGCACACACACACACACACACACACACGCACACAACUUUCGUAUUACUCAUACGAUGUCUCUAACUUUGAUUCUUGUUAUAGUCUUUUUUUUUUUCAAUUUCUCCAAACUAUACUUGCAACAUGCUGGCCUGAAGAAAUAUUCAAAUUUCACAUCCUAGUAAACAUCUGCCUAAUGAAUACAAUAAUCAAAACCUUUAAUAAUGCUGUAUUACCUCCGUGUCAGUUUAUGUAUUAAUUCAUUAGUUUUUGCAGCAAUUUUCCGUUACACUGCACACUGCAUUUUACAUCAACGUAUCAGUCUGUCCUUAUUUGAUUUAUGUUUUACAAUUGUUAUAUAUAUAAUUUAUUUGACUAUUGAAUAUUUUUAUCUUGUAGAGUCAGUAUAUUUUAUAGUUCUGUCAUAUAUAUUUGCCAGGAUAUUUGUGAUCAAUAAAGGAGACCCAUUUAUCCACUUAUCUUCAUAUCUACAUCAUUUGAGGCUGCGCAAUUUUCAAAAAAGUGACAUAAGAAAUUUUUCCUUUUUGUAAGAUACAUUUUGUUCAGAAAACAAAUAGAAACCAAUGAUGAAUACUGAGGGUCUACUCUGUGUUCAAUUCUGAAGUCUAAACUUGUGAAACUGUGUGGCUGCAGUUCUAACAAGCCGAGUGACACUUUACAGAAGCUUAUAAAAGUUUUACAGAUGGACCUGUGGGUCAUUUACACCAAUCGGCCAUCACAUUAUGACCAUCGACACAUGAAGUGCAUCAUAUUAAUUCUGUCUUUACACUGACACCUGUCGGUGGGUGAGAUAUAUGAGGCAGCCAUUGAACAACUUGCCCUUGAAGUGUGAUGGAAGCGGAAAAAAAGGGACAAGCAGAAGGAUUUGACUGUGUGAUCUAAUCCAACAGAAAAGCUGGAAAAAGUUCAUGCUGACCCUGUUACAAAGGUUUCAGUGCACACAGUGUGUCUGAGCUUGUUGUAUAGGGGGCUGAAUAGCUGCAGGCCUGUUAGGAUGUCCAUGCCAACCCUUUACACAACCAAAAGUGCCUAUAGCCGGAAUGUGAGCGUCAAAACUGGACCACAGAGCCAUAAAAGUAGGUGGCCUGAUAGAAACAUAACAGUUUGACUCUUGAACAUGCACACAUCAUAGUUGCACUGGUUAAAUAAUUUCUCUCAAAACCCCACCCACCCAUCAACACCUACCUUUCCACCUAUCAGCCAUGAAAAGUAUUGAUGCAGGCCAUGUAAAUUGGCAUUAUUAUAAAUGUCCAAACUUAGCAUUAGCGACUGUUUAGUCCAGAGGCAGGUGUAAUGACAACCUCUAAAUACUUUUGUAAUGAACCACAAACUGUGGGCUUGAAAUGCAGCAGAGCAAAUAUAGAAGUGUAUACGGUACAUUAUGCAUUUGUUAUGAUCUCUGACUCCUCUCUAUAGCAGUCAUCUUGACUUCUAACUGGCACCACUAUAAAACAUGGAGGCACUCCUUGAUGGCUUUUCAGCAGAAACAACAGUUUGUCUCUGUUUUGCAUUUUGUCCUUGGGGCAAACUGCACAGAUUCUUCUCGACAAGUGCGAUCUGAUAAUUAGGCCUCAUAAUCAUCCUAUUAGUAUGCAGCUCGAUUGAGCCGAGAACAGCUUAUUGUUCCCCUGGCAUGGGCUGCAGCCAUUUGUAAGAGGAUUAUUGUAAAUUUCUUGUUAGGGUUUUUAUUACAAUGGAUCAUAUGUGUAAUGACUUAAAUUGCUGUUUUGUUAAUCUCAGAAGCAUUUGUUCUCAAUGCAGCUAGUAGUCUGUGGUUGAAAUGAAGGCAGUUUUGCUAAAUCUUCUAUUAGGAUACUGGUAAUGAUUUUGGAGGCAUAAAAUCAUUCAGAGGGGAGAGUGGCACCAUACUUCUAAGUCUGUUUCACUGUAGAGUUGCAACCUUACUUUCUGCAUCCUUCUGCAGAAACACAAAGCCGAGCUGAACCGUCUCCAUCACGGUUACCAUGGUGCCAAAGAAAGGGACCAGAAUCACUUGAGCCUUGUUUUGUUCCUCUGACAUUCAGGAUCCAAACAGGACAACUGGAGAACACGUGGAACCAAGGCCCGGGUUGUUAGGUUGAAUUUUAAUACAGUCUGCUGAAAGCAGGCCGACACCUCCUGUGAAGACAGACAAACAAGCUAAUGGGCCUAAACUAGCCAAACUAGUAUAGGAACUAUCUAAAGAAGAGUAACGCCAUAUAUUAUAGACUAAAUAUAAAGUGUGUUUAAAAGUUAGAGCCAUUUUCUGAUGUUUUUGGAUAAAGGUGUUUAUCCGUGGAUAUUCUUUUAUUUUUGUAUUUUUCAACUAUCAACCAGCCAAGAAACAUUUUUUUAGUACUCCUGUCUGUCACUGCUGCUCAGUGUACCAUAAUAUAGAGAGAUGCAGAUUCUGGUUCUGCUGCUUACAUUCAUUAACUUACGUGUCUUUCAAACUGAUGAAAUCUGCGGUAUGAUGGGGUGUAAUGAACCACUACUUCCUCCUACUUUGGUUAAUGGUAGGGGUGGAAUUAGAGUUGCCUUAUGCAUAUUAUUUGCCACAAUAUAGGUAUUUAAUUCUUUUAAAAGACUGUUAUUAUCAAUACUGCAUUGUGACAUCCUUAGUAAUGCACUAAAAUAUUUGAGAAUGUCACUGUGUGCUUUUGGAAACAGUAAUUAUUUGUUUUAACUAUUUUUUAACUAUUUUUUAUCAGCAAAUAAAUCUAAAACAACAAAAGUUGUUCAAUUCAGCCUUCAAAUCACCUUUCUGUCGUGGUUUUUAUUCAAAGUAUAAAGCUGUUUUGGUUUGACUCCAGUUUCUUAGUGUCUCCAGAGAAGUGAAGUGUGAGUGUGCAAGAGUUUGUGUUUCUCUGUGGACAACCUGGUUGACAAGGAACAGGUCAGAUCUCUGAGAGUCGAUUUGUCUGCCCUGAAAGGAGAAAAAAAAAACAGCAAGAUACUGUUUGCUGCAGGCAAGGCUUUAGGAGGCUCAGCCAGUAUGGUUCAUCCUCUGAUAGAUACACACACAUACACACACAAACACACGAUCUCUCAACACCACUCUGAAACCACAGACAUCUCAAGCUCUGAUUUGUUGGUCUAUUUAUACGCAGGCCAGAUGAAAGGGAUGAAUGGGAAUUCGGUGCCCCUGUGCUGACUGGUGGUUGACAGACAGCGACUGCCUCUCCUUUACAUGCUGCUCUUUAAACUCAGCCAGCAUCUACCCCAUGGUGCACACAUUACCCCCACCACACACACACACACAAAACACAAAUGCCACUCACUAUGGAUGCCCAGUUUGUAUGCACGCUACUCUGCAGAGUCAGAAAUAAACCAUGUGCCCAAAAGCCUUUUUAAGUACCCCUCAAAUCAAGUGUACCAUAAACACAAUUGUCUACUUGUGAGGGCUCUGAUUGUCAUAAUGCAUUUCCUAAAUAUUGACUGUUACUUUAGCCUCAUGCUCAUGAUACAACAUGCUGAUAUUUGGGACCAGAGUGUAACACGGCUUUUAAACAACAGCUCAUAGCAGAAAGUAGCAGCAGGUGUACAUUCAUCUACAAGUUUUCAUUUAGCUUGAAACUGCUGAAAUAGUCUGAUGGCAUCUGUUUGGGUUGCAUGUGUGAUCCAUCAAGCUAGAUACAGACUAUUUGCUAAAUCACUGACUGUACUCCGAGCACCUAAAGCCAUACAUAGAGAUAACAUCCUAAUUCAGUUGCACUCCUUUUUCAAAUAGAGCUAUUUUUCCAAAUUUCUUGGUCAGACCUGUGAUACAAUUAACAUUCAUGUUUCAAACCCGAGCCACUGAAAGAAAGCUACCUGUUUCUGAAGGCCACCGAUUUUGAGAAACACAGAUUAAAUGAAAAUGAAUGAGUUAAUAUUAGUGUUUGUUUUUGAAUUAGUCCGAAUAAAGAUUGUCCUUCCUGCUCAUUUGAAAUCAUUUUAAUGAGAUGACUUCCAAGCUUGACAAGGUCAAUGUGCUCCUGAUCCGAUUGAGUCAGGAAAUUGCUCCUAAUCUAAUAAUAUCAAGUACUGGAUCCCUUCCUCGCUGCCUGGGUGACCAAGGUAAAAUGGAGAGUAUGAUAGCCCAUUCAUAAGUUAGAGUUACAGAAUCUUAAUGAGGAGAUGGAAACUGAUGGUCAGUGGGAAAGUUGAGCUGCGAAAUGCACCGCACUUUCACAUUCUCUCAUGUUUGACUGAUGUUUUCGUUGAUAAGAAUGGAAAGGAGCAGAAAAUCACCGCAGCUGGUAUAUCAACACAGAUUUAAACACACCCCUUUUUUGUUUUCAUUGUAAAGAACAUUAAAUUUCUCGUGUACUAAAAAUCACCCAUUACUCUAAGGUUGCUACAGUAUUUCCUGACUAUAUUGACUGGCUGUCGUGUCAAAGAGGGUUGUUUUGCUCAUCCUCGCACCACCUGAGCCUACAAGCAUUGCAAACAGCUAUUUUAGUGUCCAUUCCUUUAUACAGCCAUCAUGUUUAAGGUUGCUGUGUUGUAGGUCAUGUGCACAUAAAUAAUGCAUCACCAUUAACAGCAGAAAUGUCACUAUCUGGCAAGACUGAUUAUUAACUUUUAACGCUAUUCUGUAUCAAUACUGAUAUUAUUCUGAUUACGGCAUGCAUCCUUACUUUUUGCACGUUUAAGUUAUUAGUGUCUUUUUUUUAUUUGGUUCAUUUUCAGAAGUUGUGACCUUUUACCAUUUGCCUAUCCUUUCUUCCACUUGUGUCCUUAACACCCUUCCUAAACAACCUUCUUCUUCUUCCCCCUUUGAAAGUGUUACAGCCCCAAAGAUUUGUAGUGUGGAUGUAAAUUGUCCUGUUAAUUUCCAAUGCAUUUGUCUCUGCUGUUGAGAAAUGCAGUUGAGGUGUGCAUGGUUAUAACUUUAGCUCUGCUUGACUGCAGCAUUUCCAGCCACUGUGCAAGAUUUGUUCCCCUUCUCUUUUGAAAGCGCCUUGUUUCAUGUCCCACUAAUCUGCUGGCUUCUGGAUAUCUGCCCUGUUUGUUAUAUGUGUGUGUGUGAGUUUUAGUGUGUGUGUCUGUGUCAGUGUGUUUUUUUCCCCCCUAAAUGUUUCCCUCCUUCUUACAUUUCAGUUCAUUUUGUCUUCAAAGUCAAGCUGUUUAGUGCGACUCUUAUCAAGAGGCUGCAGCUGUUGUUGGUUCGCCAGUGCGGCCUGGAGAGACACCUUCACACACAUGCACACACACCAACACCCUUGGUUUACCCGAGCCAAGCUGACUACAGCACACACCUUUCACCGAUCAUGAAUAAUAAUAUCUAGUUGAUGUAUUUACCUGCAAUAUGAAAUGGCUAAAAGGGGGAUUGAGUGUCUCAUAUUGUUUUCAAUAGAGGGCCCUGCCAGAGUAUAAUUUUUGAACAUGCUCUUUACAUUUCCUCUAAUUAUUUUCAUCUUCAGUCAUUACAAUCAGCAGUGUUAUUCAUGCAGGUUUUGGACAUUUUUCUGCUGAAAUUACAAUGAUUACAAUAACAGUUCAAAUGGCAACCGGUUUCCUCUGUAGCUGUUCUAAGCAGUACACAAAUAGCACGUAAGAUAGUAAAUAUUGCACAAGUCUUUCCAUGAUACAUGAUGACGUUUCCCAGCCGACAUGUUCAAUCUCAUGGGUGAUGAUGUAUUUGAAGCCGUGGUAGUGUUCAUGGUGUGCUAGCUAUAAUGUUACUCGCUGACCCCCUCUGUUAAUGGCAUGUCCCCACACUAGGUUAAUGGAUGCAGAGUUUCCUCCAUCUCUACAGCACAGCCUGGCUGUGUCUUCUUCCAUGGUUACGGUGGUGGAGCCUGAGCUCUUAUUCAGCUCAGAUUAAUGGCCCCAGCUUGGACUAUUGACACAACACUUAUCUUGUUUUUAUGAGUGCAGCGGUGGUUUCUAUCUAUAAAUGUUAGAGGCCCACGUGUACACAGCCAUGCACUAAAAAUUGCACACACAUACACACACGCUCACUCCCCUCACUGUGUCCCACAUGUGGAUAGAGUUCAGUUAGGGCUUAACAGUAGUUUAGUCCUAAUGAGGCUAAGCUCAAGAUAAUGUGUACAGCUGAUCUGGACUGUUACAUGGAGUGUUAGCAAUACUGAGACACAUACUGGAAAUGCCUUAGAUAUAAAAUGCAACGAUAAAUUCGGCAUCAGUGAGUAACUAUUCAGAUAUCUUCAUUAUUUAGCCCUGCCUAAAUAAAAGCAUUCAUUAAAAGUUAUUUAUUUUAUUGAAUUCAUAAUGGUUCAAUUUCCUCCCCUUAUUCUUCAAAGGAUUAAUCAUGUUUCAUUUGACAUCUAAAAUUUCACUGAUGUUCCUAUAUUGUAUCAUGCACAUGCUUUCACGUAGUUGUAGUGUGUGUGUCUCCUCUGUGUACUUCGUAUUGUCUCAAAUCUCGUUAAUUGUUGAUUUUAACAGCAUGGAAAGAGAAUGAUGGUAUUUAAAUGCUAUAAAUUUAGAUAUUUCAUUAGUUUAACCAUAACCUUAUCAUACCUUCUUAGAUUAUCUUUGGUCUAAAGUCUAUUACAAACUUGUGUCUUGGGGACAUUUAGAGUGAUCAGUUAACCCAACUUCUUGAAACAGGGCUUUUAUCUCCUCCUUUCUUUGUUGUUUUUGUCCACCCCUCAGCUCCUGGAUAUACUCCAAUCUGUAACAAUCUGUCUGAGUUACACCUCUUCUCUGUAUGAAGGUUCUGCUAAAGGGUGUCAUUCUGAAGUUUGAGGGUAUCUUAUUUAACUCUCAGCUUCCCGAUCUCCUCCUAGUCUUUGGGCAUGAAAACUUUUUUCAGCUUAACCUCAAGGAAUUCAGACCUUCCUUUUUUCUCCCUGAGCAUGGUCCGGUACCUUUGGAGGACCUCCUUGGAUGUAUUUAGGAGUGCUUUAAGCUCACUUCUGUUUUCUCUUGCACUCUUCUGAAGAUCCAGCUGAUCCUUCAGGUCUUACUUAUUUCUGGAGCGUGAUCCUGUGUAUCCGCUCCAUCAUACACUCAGCUUUUUCUCAACAAAAUUGGUCCCAGUGUUGUUUGGCCUUGACAUUUGCUCUGUGGUGCUCAUAGGUGAAAUACUCCACCUGACCCCAGAGUUCAUUAUUUUCACUUAUCUCUGACUCGAGCUGGGCAGAAAGAUCAGUGAUCUUCUUUUCCUGAUGGCAGCUUUGCUCCUUCACCAUCUGCAGCUGAAUCUUGAUCUGGCUAAGCUGAAGACUUCAGAGAUGUCUGUGAUCUGCACACGGGCCUUUGCUGAUGGACCUAUUGUUGAAGUCAUGGCAGAAUGUAAUAGCUGUACUCACAGUAGUUCGUCACCUGUUGAUAGGUCUGAGAUGAAAUGAACUGAUUUCGACUGGUAAGCUUCACUACAACAAUAUAUUGCUGUAUUGAUAUUUUGUCCCACCUCUGUUGUUUGCUGCCCGUUGGCAAACACUACCUAACAUAAUAACAGAAUAACAGAGGCAUGAGGUUUCUGCGGGGACUCAUAGAGCUGUUUACAGAGCCUCUCUUGAGUUAAAGCUUUUAUCAGGAACACCAGAAAGAAACAAAUGUAUAGAGAGACUCCAGCUUGUGUAAUUCAGUUACAGAGAGAGUUCACCAAGCACUGCAUAUCGGUAAUGUUUGUAUUAUAAUACAGCCUCGCAGCAGAUCAGAGGGAAAGAGAAUGAGGAUGAGCAGAUAAGAUGUCCCUGUAGACUUCACUUCCUCUGUACCUGGAGGAUCAAACACAAAGACUGAACCAAACAUCACAGACACUGUCAGUCAUGGUUAGGAUAACAGAUUGCCUGAACUUCUGUCUGUCAGAGAGAAGAGGAUGGUGUGUCAUUGUGUGUGAGUGUGUGUAGAGAGGGUGGGGGGCAUGACAGGGAUUAUAAAAGAGGAGUACAGUAUAUUUGUUACAGCCAAGCCAACUUUCCUUUGUCCACACAGCAUUACCUUUGUUGUCAAGUGUGUAUUGUUAGGGUACACACUCAUAGUGGGGUUCACUCAGCAAGUUUUCAAGGUAAGAAGCCCUUUAAUAGAACUGUGUAGUAGUAAUAUGUCAAAAUAGAUGACUUCACACUCAGAGAGCUCUUGAGACUCACCGGAGUGGAAACAGCUCCAUAUCUGGCUAUGUUUGGAAAACUGAAUAUGUUUCCUGUCACGUUUCUUUACACUCCACGCCUCAGAGAGCAUGUUUUCUCGUGGGUUUAUGAUAUUUCAAUCAUACUCGGCAGUGUUGGGAGGAAAAUGUAGAAUGAGGAGUAUCAGAGGGUCUAAAAUAACAAUAAAUAAUCUGUUUAUUUACCGAGCCCUUUGAGUAAAUGAGGUUACAAAGAGCUUUACACAGGCGGUAGAAUAAAACUUAGUAAAACAUAAUAAAACAGGCAGGUAAUAAAAUCACACAAAGCAAGGACAAGAACUAACACACAUUAAAAUACACAAAGUGAGGGAUAAUGUUUUGGAAAACACCUAGAGGUUCAACAACCCACUUAAUGUACUGUUGGAGAAAUAAUUGGAUUCAUAAUGCAUGAUGACUGCUUCAGGGAGCGGUUAAAAGGUAUACAAACAAACGAACAGUAGAAGAAGUUCACUAAUUGAAAGUCUGUGACAUGUAGAUAAGUUAUAGAAAUGUCUAUCCUAGAGCCUGAAAUCGCUACAGUACACAGAUACAUGUAAACACAGGCUUGCUCUUGUGUUCUUUCUUAUCUCAGGUAGAUAUUGUGUGCUUAAGGCCAUCGUCUCUUUCACCCUUCAGAUUCUCAAAUGGCGCCCUGACAAUCAGGUAUUCGCUAAGCUGGUUGGCCGUGAUUAUAGCACCCCGCUGAACAGCAGCUGCUUGACUUCAGCCAUCAUUGGUUAAGGUGUGAGUUCACGCUCAUGAUUGGUUGAUGGUGGUUGGAUACAGACUGCCUAUGGUAGCCGAUCAGUUGCCUGGAUACAGCCAACCCUCACUGUGUAAGUGGCCUUGGCAAAGUGACGGACAGCAUAAGUGCUCUGCAGAGGAAUUUGUCAGUCUGUUGAUUUGGCUGAGGAUGUCUUUAUUUUUCUUUACAAUGGAUGCAUUAUUCUCUGCAGCUGUUGUAGUUCGUCAUUUUUUUCAGUAUUUUCAUAAAGUGAAAUAUCUGCAGCACACAAAUACAAAAACUCUUUAAAGAAAGCCAAAAUAUUUUGUUAUUGUCAUUUAAAUUCAACAGUGUAUUAGUGUAUAUAUACUUGACCAACAAAGUUGAUUUUGAUUGUAGCUAUUCUGAUAGGUGCCCUCAGAAAAUCGUUCUUUCCAAUCGUUUCAUCGUCUUAUUUCAGAGGAAGAUCGUGGCUCCUUUAAUGUGAUACUUUACUAUUAUGGUCCUCAGAGCUUAUAUACCUGGUGCGUUUAUCAGUUUAAAGUGUUUAAUGUGGAGCCACCCAAAUUUACUUGGAUUAUUAAAGUAGACUUAAUAUUUAUGAAGCUUAAAUUUGUUUUGGAAAGUUUUCGUCCUGUAUAGAGAUAACCUCAUGGUGUGAAAUCUUUUUAGGUUUAUCUCUCAGCAGAAAUCUUGCCGUAUCCAUCUCAUCUGUGCAACACAUUAUACGUCUGUAACUCCUGGAUGUCAGACCAUAAGCGGUGACUUUGAUAUGUAACUCUUGCUGGGUCUUUGGCUACUAACUGCGGUAUCUUGUUUCGUCUUCAUUGCUGCGUGUUCUGGCCACUCUCCCAAGUCUAAGCCCAGCUUGGUCACCGCUCACUAGUUUCCAGUGUCGCUUUUUCUCCCCAACACUUGUGGUUUUGGCGUGUGCAGCAGAGAUGUAGACUGUUAGCCAGUCACUGUGAGAACUUGGCCAAUGAUGAACAUCAUCUUAGUCAUAUUUUAGCUACUGCAUUAACGUUGCACACAAAUAUAUUCACACAAAAACGCUUCAUAUUUUCCUCUGAAAAACACGAGAUAGACUUCUAACCUUUUCAGCUCUGUCUGUUACCAAAAGGACAGUGGAGCAGCAGGGGGGGAAUGUGAAAGUGAGAUAAAGACAUGAAAGGAGGGAUUAAAAAGAGGUAGACAUUUUCAGAAUAAGGGCGGGAAAACAGACGGACAUGGGGAGAAAAAUGCCAGAGCUCUGCAGACGUUUAUCUGUGGAUGCACAAAGAAGAUUAACCCAUUAAAGUUAAUGUUCUCAGUGGUCAGUCGAGUGGCCAGUGGAGCAUAAACAGACCUGCAGAUGGUCCCCCACAACUGGACUGUAGUUAAAAAGGACCAUUACCACAUCCCUACACCCUCUUCAUCACCUGCUGUCAGCUGGACAUUUCUACUUCAUCAUGGCAAACGCCUCAAUCAACUAUAUGAGCCAGUGUCACCUACCUGCACUGCAAUGCCCCCUCUACAGAUUAAAUGACUUUUUGUCAGCCCCUCCCUCCCUGAUUAUCUCUCAAGGCCGCUGACAUGCUCCCAUUGAACCCUCGCCGCAGUUGCCUUGACGACUGUUCUCACACUGGGCGGGGUAGCCCUCACUUUUCUGCGAUGGUGGCUGUGAUAAGUGCAACAAUUAUGUAAAUUCUGUCCAACCAAAGUGUUUUUGCAGACUACACACAGAAUGCUGAAAAGCUUUCAGCCAAAUGUUCAAGCUCUGAAGUUUUGUUGUCUAUUCAGUGCUGGUGCAUUUAUACGUGCCUCUGAUUUAAACCUUUAUUCAUCACCUCUCUCUGUCGCACAUGCUUAUACAUGAGGUGAGACUGAUGAGAGAGUCUUUGCAAUAGCAGUUUCCCAAAUUACUCACUUGUUCCCCAUUAACAAUCACUAAUGUGAACAUUGACGUUCCUGUCGGGACUUUUUUUUUUUUUGGUCUAAUCAGACUGAAAUUAAAAUUUCACAAUUAGGAAGUCAAACUAACAGAGUCAGACUAAUUAUCAGGAGGACAGAUAGUGUUGAUUAUGUUGAUCAGGAAGCAAUUAAUGUCUAGAAUGAGCUUUUCUUUUUGCACUUUCGUCUGUUGCUUUCAGCACGCCAGAGUUGUGCUGAUGCUGCAUCUUCCUGCUGCUGCAAAGAUGGAAAAUAACAACAUCACUCUGCUUUUGAAUCGUACAAAUGAUGCAAAAAAAAAAAAAAAAAAUGACAUCUCAGUUGACAGCUCAAAGGCAAUAUGCACUUUGCAUCAAAACAAUACCAAAGUACGUUAAGUUUCAGCAUCCACCUAUGAGCCGAGCGAACAAAUGCAGCAAAUCAUACUGAUCUAAGCAGGCCGCUGCAUCACAGAACCAGUAGAGCACUAUUUUAGAGUAAAAUCACCACAAAUCAACGGAUAAAACACUUUGAAGCUGUCUCUAAGUCAUGGUUUAAGACCACACCAGUGUAGAAGUGUAGCAUUUAUUUAGCUUAAAACAUAAAACUGCAUUUAGUUUGUUCCCAAACUGAGACAUUGGUAAGAUUUGUGGUACAAUUUUAAUAUGGACCUAAAACUGGAUUUAGAAAGCAAAAUAAAGGCAUUUCAAACGUGGUUUGAAUACGAGUUACUGGAGAAAUUCAGUUGUCAUUUAGAAUUUAAAUAUGAAUUGUUUGACAGCUGCAAUGAUCUCUAAAGAUUGUGACUAAUGCAGCGUGCUAGGAUGACCAAUGAACAGCUUACAACCAAAUCAGACAUUUCACAAAUUUUCCCUGUCAGGGUUGUGAGAUGCAUGUUAUUUCAUGUGUCUACUCUUAAUUCACACCAAACUUCAGGAGCACUUCAGUGUGUUUUCUCAGUCAUGUAUAAGCUCCAAAUUUCUCAGUUUAUGUUUUUCUUUGUCACCCUCUGCUUUUUCAUGUCCUCCGUUUCCAACCAAGCUGUGAAGUUUCCUCAAUGCUGUUAGCGGAGCUUUGAUUCUGGAUGUCUGUGCAUGCGAGCAUUUUGAGAGUACUCUUGUUCUCACUUCCAAUAACAACCCCGUCCCUGGGAGAUGGGCUCUCAGAGGCUGCCACAGUUACACCAGCAGUGUUUGGCUUUGGCAUGAGCUCCUCUUCUGUUACCAGGAUUAACAUGUAUCCCCGGAGAGCUCAGGCUUGGAUCCUGCCAACAUGUUGCUAUUCUUUUCUGUGUUGUCUCUGUAGACUCGACAAUUUGUGAAUUAAAAACACAUUAAACUCAGUGUUAUAGCUGAAUAAAGGUUCAGCCUUGCUCAAUUUUUUAAAAACUCUUCAGGAAAACUGUUUUCAUUAUGGAGAGGAGAAAACAGGUAUUAGAAUCUAAUUCAUAUGGUGAAUUAAGAUAACUUGGCUGUCUAACUGGCUAUUAACAAUGGCAUGUAUUGCUAUUUUUACUUGGUUAUGCAUGUAUGAGCAAAUCACAAAACUAAACAUUUGUGGGGAUUUUUUUAUGCAGGAAUGCCUACUUUAGAGUGGGAAUGAAAAAAAACUACAGACUCUGAGUUCUCCUGUGCAGGAAAUAAAAAGAAAUGCAGCUGUAAAUGACACUGACCUUUAAGGAAAAUAGCAAUUGUAGGAAUACUUUUAAUGCUUCUCUGUGCAUAUAAUAAUGAAAAAGAAGAAUACACAACUUAAAGAAAGUUAUAAACAAACUGUAAAAUAUUGUGAUCAAUUUAGUAUCCUCCUCUGUUGAAAAAAAGGCCCACUCUGAUAUUAAAUUAAAAAGUUUACAUUUUGAUGCAUACUUUCAGCUUUCCUUAGUGUUUGAAAAACUGACCACCUGUAAUGAUUUCAAGUCUCAAAUUUUCUGUCUUCAGCAAAAUAUAGAAAUCGAUCAUCUGGCUUGAGACAACAAAUCGAUUUUCGGUGAAAAUCACUCAAGAACAAAAUAAUGCAAAAAAAAGGAUACUGGAAAGUUUUACCUAUCAAAGGACAGUUUCCUCAACUGUGAUUGGACUUCUGUAUUUUUCUUCAUAACUCAGAAGUAAGAUGUAACUUGUAUCCUCAUCUUUACAGCAGGAGCAGUGUUUGGAUAAAGUUCACAGCUAAAAAAAUCUGCUCAUGCGAGUGCUUUGAACCAGAGAUGGCAGAAUAGUCUUUGUGGUUUUGUGUGAGAGUUGCGCUCUGACCAGCAGCAUUUUUGAGCAGUCCAGUGCAGAGUCAUGGAAGCAGGGUAUGACUCUUAUUUAAAGUUGAUAAAUAUUAAAAAACUAUAAAAAUAUUUCAGAGCGAAGGCCAGACAUUUUUUACAAGCAGAAUUAUAGUAAAUGAAAAGUCAAAAUAAAAAAGUAAAAUGGCCUGACCUCUUGCUCUAGAGCUGUAGGUUCCUGACCUCUGGUCUAGAAUAAAUCAAAUAUUCACUGCAGGAGACUACGAAACUAUUUCACUACUGUCAUAUUUCCUGAGAUUCCUGUAGAUAAACUGGAGUACGUUCCUUAGACUUUAGAUAGAGGAUGACUGUCCUCCACAGAGUUUGAAAACAGGUUUCAACUGCAGGUCUUUCACUUUUAACACCAGUUUUAAAGAAAGUCAUUGCAAAGACAGAGUGAAGAUAAGUUUUGAGUGUCCUUGUUUUGAAUUUGUCUUUGCUGUUUUGAGUGAAUGAUUGAAAUAUACAGACAUUUACAUGUAAUCUGUAGUUGUGGAUCUUAGUUUUAUUGCACAGCUAAACCCACAAACAAAGUGAGAUGAUACAGAUGUAAAGGAUGAUUCACUGAGGCCAUGUUUGUCAGUGUAUGCAUGUGUUUUUGUUUGUGCAUUGGUAGAUGCUCUGUUGAAAAGGUCUCUUUUGAACUUUGGGGCAGAGCUGGUCUUUGUUGUCUGUCGGUCUGUCAGUCGUCCUCCCUCCAGCUCACCCAGCUUCAACCCAUCCUCCCAUCGGCUUCCCCUCAUCUCCCAUCCUCCAACCACAGCUAGAGGCUCUUUCAUCUCGCCUCUGUUGGAGGAGGAAUGGAGGAUAUGUGUGUUCUUGGUGUGUGUGUGUGUAUGUAUGCGUAGGCCCCCACAGUAGGUGCACAAAAGCACCAAAACGAACAUUUCAUCAGAAGCAAUUUGACCUUUCACCUUUUCUGUUGUUGCCAUUCAUUGUGUGAGUGGCCCAUCAUGCUCGCAUUAGCAGUCAGAACACCAGAGAUGACACCCACUGCUUGCCAAUGGGAGACACACACACACACACACACACACACACACACACACACACACACACACACACACACACACACACACAGAAAAGAGGGAGAUCAAUUCUGUCCUCCGUGUCCCUCUAACUGGCUUCAGAAUUACAUUUGAAUACUAAUACCACAACAUCAGCCACAGAGGCCCCAGUUGAUAAAGGUCACUUCAGACACAACGCUGCAGCUGCAAAACGUGUGUCACAACAAAAACAUCCUCCUGGGAUGAAUCUCAGACCAGCCUGCAACAUAAAGUAAUGUAGGUGCUGAAGAAGAAUUCCAGGAAAAAAUGAUGUCAGCAACUAUUUUUGCAAACCAAUCAGUUGUUGAGGCAAUUUACAGAAAAUAUCAAACACUGAGCUGAGUGAAGGGAAAAUCACCAAAGAUAUAUUUGUUUAAAAAGUUAAGAGCAGUCUUGUUUGUUUUUAGUUUUGAGGCUGACUCUCAGUGAAAAGACCAGGCUAACUUAAUCUUUAUUAGGAUUGAUCCAGGAUUUUCCUAUAAAGAAUUUUUCUGGAGGAACAAGCUGGACGUAAUAGAAUUCACUACAAUGACAUCUAUCUGUACACAUGGUAAUGCAAUAAAGCGACCAUUACAGGGCCUGUACAUUCAGUAAUGUACACACUUGAUGCACACAGAAAUAUGCAUGCAGCACACAUACACACAGGCUCAUUAGGAAUAGUGGAGGAGGAGCUUAAUAGUCUUUCUUCAUGAGCCUGCAUGAAAGAGACGAGUGGUGGAUGGAGAAGCCUCAAAAACACAGCUCUGCGGUUUCUGUCUGAAUACGUAUGAGAGUGCUUCUUUUGCAUUGAUGCUGUUUUUCAUUGUACUAAAUCUAUUCUUCAACUGUGCAAUAUCAAAGGUCAUAAAUGUAAGAGAUGACAGUCCUUUGCGUUUUUGUUUGCUCGAUAAAUAAUCUUUUAUGUGCAGCUGUGCUCUCUACUUCUCCGCAUUGUCAUCCUCUGUCUCUCAGCAGAUGCCUUGUUUGUCACUCGUACGGUCUUCUGGCCUCAAUCCAUCUCCCGCUGGCCCUGAGGCCAAAGUCCAUUCAGCUGUAAUCACUCCUCUUUAGCCCUGCUGCCCACACAGACCUUUGCACUGUCACUGCUACUGUCAGAGCAGAAGAGCGCUUCAGCAGUGUGAGCUCCUUUAAUGAUGGUUUAUAAGCAGACCAGACACACAGGCAGCUGAGGGAGACGGUGUCAUGUAGGAAAUGUCUGCGAAGGAGACUAAUAUAAUUCAGACUCGGCUCACCCUCAGAUAAAGUUACAAGUGCUUGAUGCCUGGUGUUUGUCUGAAGCAGCAUGCAGGCAGAUACUGAUGAACGGGAUAUUUGUUGUGGCUGAGCCAAAUGUGUGAACAUGAUGACUUUCCAAGUGUGAAAUAUUUGAGAACAUUUUGAUAGAGGGACAGUUUCUACUUUAGAUUCUAAGAUUUCAUGUGCCAUUUUUACAGCCUUUACAGAUAUGUUUAAAAUUAAACUUUGAGCUCAGAGCUGCAGAGGUUUUAAGCUUCAUGAAAACUCAGAUGUAGGACGUGUUGCUCAAUCACAAACACAAAUGAGGCUCCUGCAACUCCUGUCUGGAAAAUAUUAACAGAAUUUUGCCCCUGAGCAAACCUCAUGACCUUUUUAUCAGUGAAUAAAUAGGAAGGAGAAUUUCGAGGCUGAUCUCAUUACUAAUCAUCCAGGAUUAAAAAAAAACGAAUUUAUUUCAAGAAUACAUGCAAAGACAAGGUGAUCUUCUUGUAAAAUUUUGUUUAUUUCUGGUUGUCAAUACUAAAAUUUGUUUAGGCAUUUACUUAUAUUUGUUUUGAUACAGUUCUCUCUCUUUUUGGCCUACCUGUCUAUUCAACUUUUCAUAGCCAAGCCCUCUGAGACAGAAGUCCUGCCUUUAAUAAAAGCCUGCUGUAUAUUAAGGCCUGGUACCUUAGUAUAUAAGGGAAAGCAAGACACUUACUGUAAGUUAACAUGCAAGUACACUAAAAUUAAUAGACUUCAUUAUUGUAUCAGAUCACAAGCUAAAGCUACAAGGGUGAGAUUGUGCACAGGCAGCAGUAGCAGGAGGUGUACCUGUAGAUCCAGCCGCUCUCCUACUGCCACAUCCAUCACAAUACAGGCGUCUGUGCUGAGCACAGCUCUGCUUGUUGGCAUUUUAGGGCCCCAAAAGGACAGUUGAAGCUGCCUGUAAUGAAUAAGCCAUCAGCUAGUCUGGGGGUUCCCGCUGCCACAAGGACCCUCUCUGUCACAUCCAUCAUGUGCCUGAAACCCACAGAGGAGGAGCACAGGUGUGUGUCCACAGAGAGGAGUGGUUUGUUUAAAGGUCUUUAGGUCACGUUUUCAGGGUCAGUGGCACAAUGUGUGCUGCUGGUUGGAAUUGCUUUUCUUUUUUUGAUCACCUCUUCUUCAACAUGAAUAACUGCAUACGUGGGGAAUUGUGGGAUAUACGGGAAUUAGACUGUGAGGAGGGUGUAGGGUGGAGGGCGAGGGCGUGGGGGUAAGUGGGAGAGGUUGUUCUGGUCCAGGGGGGUUUCAGAGACACAAAGAGCUGCAAGUCCCAGAGGACCCUCCUCCAUCAGCCCUCCCUGUUUUUUUUUAUUACUGGCUUGAUUAAACUCAGCCGCCAGCCAGUAAUGGAGUGAUAAUAUAUGAUCUCUCCGACUCACACACACGCACGCACACACACACACACACACAAACGCACGCAAGGCUCUCAUAGGUAUUCUUAGUUGCAUAUCAACACACCCGUGUGGUUUGUCACAUGACGAGCUCCCAUGGUAACAGAGAAACAGAUUAAUUAGCAUUCUUGAUUAGUGCAGCAUAUUGGUGCCUUAAAGAAUUUAUGAUGGAGAAUUUUUCAUCAGUUAACCUAAAAAAACAAAAAAGGAUAAGCUCACCCAAAUUUACUGUGACUCAAACUGCCUUUUUAUCAUGUUUAGAGGUUCAGUGACAUUGUGAACAUCAACUCGAAUAACUUCCUUUAAUUAUCAGUAAAAAAAUGCGGCCAAAGAGUGAGUUUCAUUUCAGCAUCUUCAGUGGGAUUAUUGCAUAUUAUUAUCAAAAGCUGCGUAUCAGUGUUCAGUCAUCUGAUACAAACUGAAGAUGAUUUUCUUCCUCCCACAUUUCUGAUCCUUCAUAAAAACACAGCCAGAGAUUUCUGAGGAGUUUUUAUACACUCACUUAUUUUCCAGCAGGGCCCACAAUAUAAAAGGUUUUUCAUGUUACAGAGCCAACAAGUGCCUGGAGUGUUGGCUCCGCUGUGCUGAAGGGUCAGUGUCAGUCUAAAGGUUACAACACUGCCAAUUCUGUAGUUUAUGUGUGGAAGUCUAGACAGUAAAUGAGACCUACUUGGCUGUUUCUAAAGCGCUAUUUAGCAUUUUAUUUCCUUUGCUGUGUAACGUCUGAGCAAUGGAUGUAUGCAACUUUUUUAUAAGGAUGCAUCUCACAUGUUUGGUGUGUCUUAUCUUUGAAAAUCCUGUGAUGAUACCUACUUAGUCAUAUGCCAGACUUUAAGUGGGAGGGAAAAAUAGAGGCCUGUCUGCAUCUAAACUGUUCUCCUCUGCUGCCUUACAGGAACAUGGAUUCGGUUUAAUUUGUGGUCAGGGAAACUAGGCCUGCAAUUGUUUUCUUAAGGCCAUCUAUCAUAGACUGGUCCUUUUUUUUUUGGUCUCAUUUCACAGUCAGUUGGUGCGUCGUGCUCUUUUCCUCCGCUCAGUGAGAUGUGGAGCCCGGCCUAAUCAGAGAUCUGAGUAUUGAUUUCCAAGCAAGCUGAAAAAAAAAUGGCUGUUGCUUGCCAUGCAAUACAAAGGUACUGAGUAGGCCUAAUCAACACCUAUUGAUUAUUUUACACUGACCGCUCUCCUCUGUCAGACAGUUUUCUGUUCAGCAUGCCCGCUCAGAAAUCUCUGUCUCUUUCCCGCUGUGAAGACAAAGAGCCGCCCCGGAACAUUUGUUCUAACAUAGAAAUAAAUUUGGAAUAAAUGAAUAACAGUGAGGCUGAAUUUGAUCAAAUAAUCAGCUCAGAGGUGCUCAGUCACAACAGAGCCAUGACACACACACACACACAUGCACAAUUGCACACAUAAAAAAGAACACCUGCUCAUUCGCAUGCAUGCACACAGUCCCACCGUGAUGUGAAAGCAAUUGGCUGCAGCAGAGGAGAGGCCAGCUCCCAGAGUCGGUUGCUAAUGGCUACAGGAUCUAAGGGAGCGGAGAGAGAUGUCGAUAAUGACAUUGUCACUCCCAGCCAACCAGCCUGCAAAAAUGGGACAGGACACACACACUUGCUCAAACACAUGCAAGUCUGUCGGGGCAUUUAGAGUAAAAGAGCAACACGUAUACAGGAGCACAUGCAGACGCUGAAAUGGAAGAGCAAUUUUCUUCCAACCAGAAGGCUGUGUUAUUAUAGCUGUCAAAAUGCUUUUCUGCUACAACGAGUUUCUGGCUGCUGGUUCGAUGUUUCAAUAAAGUACUUUUUUUUUUCUAUUGAGCACAGCUAGAUGUAUCAUUAACCUUCAUAUGAAAUACUUUUUAAAUUAAUUUAUAUUCCAAAGUAAAAUAGAAAAUUUUAUUUUGGCAAUUAUUUCUUUUACUUGCUCUGGCAUCAUUUUAAUCACCUAAGAUGUUUCAGAGGGGAGGAUUGACUUUUGCGACAUUUGCACUGGUUCAUUAUGAAUAAACUUAGAUAGGUUGAGAGGUUUUAUCAAAAGAAAAUGGAGAGGUGAAGAAAAUAAGAGUGCACAACAAAAUAAAGUGUCGGGAAGCAUCUAUCAGUGCCCCACUAUUUUAUUCUUCACCCUUUUUUAACAGUAUAAUCACACUUCAACUCUCCAGUUUUCAUGCAAGUUCAAAAUUCUGUUGAAAAGUUCCCCACAUAUUAUUCCCUUUCUUAUUUUAUAACUUUUUAUCAUUCAAAAUUGACCAAAGGACUUUGACUUACGACAUGCUCUGUGUUCCCUGUGUAACAACAGGACAUAAGAUUGCGCUGGAGCUGAUGUAGAUGAUGUAAGGUCAUGUAAAAGCUGCAGGACAGCUGCUCUACUCUGCUAUCGAAAGUGUGUGUGUGCUGGUUUCCACAGGCUCUAAUACUGAGCGGCAAUUUGUGUCACUGAUUGAGCCGCCCACAAGAGGAAAAAGAGAGGAAAGUCAGAUUAGUCAAGGAUUUUUGACACAGGUUAAAAGGCAUUUACAGAUGGAGAUAACUGGGAAAUGUAGCACGGUGUAGUAGCAGUCAGGACCUCAAUGACUUCUCCUCUGGCUUCCCUGUACAGACCUCACUCUGAUGUUUUCCAUAUGAAUGCUGUACAUUCAGGAUCAACUGAUCAAACUCAGUGAGGAGAAAAGAAGAGGAAAGAGAGGGGUGAGAGAAAAAGUAAACAGAUUCCAUUUCAGAAAGGGCAGAGGAGUGGUUAUGAAGAUGAAAACAAAGCAUUUAAAAAGUAAAGGAGUUACUUGAGGAAGAAUUACAGUGUCUACUCCGUCUCCAGCAUAGCGGAUAAUUCAGACAUCAGCAGAGUAUUAAAGUACUUCUGGUGGUUUCUACCCUCUAUAGACAAGAUGAUUAAUAUCAAUCUUGUUUUCAGAAGGACAUAAACCUUAUUGUUAUCUUAAUGAGCCGUGACCAUGUAGAGCAGCCCUGACUAAUGGGGUUAAGCUGUAUGUUGUGCUCCCAAAAGACAAUCAGGGAUACUGCACUCACUGUAAUUCCUGCUUUGAUCCUCUACUAAAUGUGUGGGCUGUGGAUCAAGAUAAAAUACAGAAAUUGUUUGACAUUUGAUUAAUACACCAAAAACCUCUUAUCCCUUUCCUUUAAUGCCUUAACCUAUAUCUGUAACAUGCUAUAAACUAAUUCAAUCUGCAUUUAAUGGCCAUUGAAUAACAGGAAGGAGUUAUCCCCUUGUGGUAUAAGAAUCAUACAUUUUUCUCAGUCAGUGGGGAUAUGCUAUGAAUUUACUUUAUGCAGACAGGACCUGGCGCCCUCCCUCUGUCUCUUCCAGUCUCACUCUUGUGUGUUUUGCACACUUCUGGUAAUUUUGUAACAAGCUUCCCACAGCCUUUAGUUUUUCCAGCUCAGUGAAUUAUCGAUCAUUUACCAGCAGCAGCUAGGUCCUGUAUAUGUUGCACCCCUGAGUUUUUAGCUGACAUAUUGUCCAGUCACCUGAGACUAAUACAUCCUGACAUGUUCAGUAUGGAGUCCAGUUUACUGCAUUGCAAUGAUGUCUUGCAGGAAUAAAUAAAGCUUCUUCUGUUGAGGCAUAAACUUAUCAUGUACCUGGUGGUAACAAUUACAAUUUUUGAGCGUGGUUACAGUUUGAAUAAUAACCGUGGUUUAAUGAUCAUUAGUUAAUAUGCAUUCAUUAAUUUAGUAAUACGUAUUGUAGGGGAAAAUGUACAAUAGAGAUAUAAGUAUAGAUUACAGUAAAGUUGAAGACUAAAGAGCUGGAGACUAAAGAAAGUCUAAAAACAGACUUAAUGACCUGUUUUUUCAAUGUGUUGAAAAACAGGAUGCAGGCCACGACCUGGUCGCACAUGGUUCUGCCAAAUUCGACGGGAAAUCUGGCCAGCAAAACAUGUCUACACAAAAGUCCCGUUGUUGGCUAUCAGACACCAGUGUGAAGUACACUUAUGGGAGAGACCAUGGCUGAUGUCACUGGAGAAGUAUAAAGGAUUUGGGAUUGUUUGGUUCUGGGUCCGUCUGUCUGAUUGUCAUGACAUUGUGGUUGAUGCUUUGACUGGAAUAAAUCUUGCAAGAGGCUGCCAUCUGAUUCUGUCUUCAGGUGCUUCAUUUUUGCACCUUCUGCAUCCAUGAAAUCUACCAUAGUCAAAAUCACAUGAUUAUUCUUUAUGUAAAUAUAUGUAUAAUACGUUAUAAUCAUGUUAUAGCACUGUAUAACUAUAGUUAUAAAAACUCAUAAAUUAUCAUAAUGCUUUAUAGCAAUAAUCAUAACACAUUAUAAAGCAUUUUAUCAUGAUGUAUAAAGUCAGGUAUUAUAAUGUGUUAUAACUGUUAACAACUCACUGAUGAUGCCCACAUAGAUAAUGCAAUGCAGCUGUUGUUAACAGUUAUAAUACAUUAUAAUACCUUACCUUCUAAGUCAUAGAAAAAUGCUUUAUAAUGUGUUGUGAUUAUUGCUAUAAAGCAUUAUGAUCAUUUAUGAGUGUUUAGAACUAUAGUUAUACAGUGCUAUAACGUGAUUGUAGUGAAUUAUAAAUAUGCUUAUAAUGCGCUGUAGAGAUAAGCGUCAAAAAUUGUUACCAAAAUGUCAUUGUGUAAUUUACUGCUUCAUUUUAAAACCCUUUGCUGCUAUGUUGCGUUUGUUUAAAAGCCUUGCUUGUUGUGCAGGGCGGUGAUCCUGCAGAAGCUGCAUCAAGUUUAAUGUGUUUGACCUUUGCAGCAGGUUUCGCAGACGGGUGAUCCUCGGUCUUGAAUAACCCCUCGGUAAUUCUUGGUGUAGUCAACCUGAAAUGCGAUCACACUGCCAACUUCACUCAGCAGAUACAAAACUUCACUGCAUGGUGACUCUUCCACAGUUGAGCUGAUGUAGUGCAGCCUCUAUAUCUCUCAAAAAGCACAUAAAGGGGAGCUCUGUAGAAUAUGUAACCUUUACUGAAUGAAAUAAAUUCAUGCAUGAAUGAAUAAAUAAAUGACGGGGUGUGUGGUUAAAAGUGCAUCCAUCCAUCCUAUGGGCGUCAGGCAUCAAAUGUUUUAGAGUUGUCUAUUAGAGUGGUGAUGAUAUCCUCUGAUAUGUAAAGACUAAAGGCACUCAAGUGAUCAAGAAGCCUCAGGUUAUCACUAAUAGACAUCAAUAUUUUAUAUCAGAUGGACAAAAUCCAAGAAACAAAAAGUUUCUAUUUGUUGGCAAACUACCAAAAGUCAGAGAGGCAUCACUGUUUAUCCUUUGCAAAUGUUUGUGCAGAAAAAAAACUCGCUAAAGUGGAGUCGAGCAGGGGGGCAUGUGGUGUCCUGAAGGUGGCUCAACGCCAGUCUCUCAAAGGUUUUCAUAACCACAGACGUUAGGGCAACAGGCCUGUAGUCAUUUAACCUAGGGAUGCACCGAUCCAAUAUUUGAUAUCGGUAUCGGUAGAAGAAAAUUCUAGAUCAGGUAUCGUGACAAUGGGCCCAAUGCAUGGGGGCCAAUCUAUUCAGUCUAACUCUAUGCUAUGCACCCUGAGUGGCAUCCACAAGUAAACACAACAACAAAAGGUAAUUCAGCGCAGCUUUUUUGUAUCGUAAUUGGAUCGGUAUCGGCCGACACUAAACUGUAGAUAGCUGUAUUGCAUCAGAGGUGAAAAAAGUGGAUCAGUGCAUCCUAAUUUAACCCUGUGAUGAAGGGUUUCUUGUGGGAGGGGAUGAUAAUUGAGUGUUUAAAGCAGGAGGAAACUGUGCACAGCUCCAGAGGUCUGUUAAAGACAGACUCUCAAGCAGGAAGGGGACACACCAUCAGGUCCUGCAGCCUUCCGGAUCCUCUUCACUGAUCUUUAGGGAUGGUGGAGGGUUGCAGCAGAGGGGGGUUGCAGGUUGUGGCAGGGGUUGCAGGUGGGUUUGAGACAGGUGAGUUUGAGUUGUCAUUGUGGAUUCAUACAGAUUACAUAUUGUAUCUUUAUGUUUGGGACUUGGCAGCAACACCUCCACUCUGGCAGAUCAUACAAAAAUGAAAACUCAUUAUUGUGAGAGCAAAUUAUUUAAUAUAUUGUGUAAUCUUUCCUAACAUAAGAGAAAAUGAUAGUCCCCUCUAUCUGUACAGCGUCUUUCUUUCUUCACUUUUCGGCUCCACAGAGGCUGCUCCCUCCUAAGAUUAGAUUAGCUUCAAUUAAUGCUUAUAAGGAAUCUGUGCAGGAUGUGAGUUUGCAUACUGAAACACUGAUACUUACCCACAUCCUUUAUUGGACUCCUGCCUCAGGAAUAAAGUCUGUAGUAGACUGUGUUUGGAAACAUGACACUAGCAAUAAAUAUCACAUUUGCAAGGCAGCAUUGAAAAUAAGAAAUAUAACACAUGCUAAUCAAAACAAAGUUUGAUCAGACCAGACAUUUUUGAUCAUAAUACCCCUGCAGAGAUAUUUCCUGACAGACGGAUAUUAUUCCAUCCUUCUUCUGGGUCUUAAAGGAUUUAAGAUGUCUAACAAAGUUUGAGAGACGUGGUUGACCCUGAAACGUCUGUGUGAACAUUUCACAUGAAUCAGCUGCCUUUUAAUUCAUGCUGUUAUCAGUUUGCCUUUUCCUUCAGUCUUAUCUACCUAUAGAGAUACACUCUGAAGGAAAUUAUCCUCCUCCACAAGGAGAGAGUGAGAGAGAGAGAGAGUUCUGGGCCAAACUUUCCUCUCCUCUGACAGUGAGAGAUAACACUUCACAGCAGCAGCUUAACAAAAUAAGAAGAGGCUGGGAAGAAGGGAGAAAGGGGAGCACUCCCGUCUGAAGAAUAAAGAGCUGAGUAAUUAACUUUCCCAUCAGCUCCUCUGGUCAAUAAUGCUGCUUCUGUGGACUUCCUGUUUGUCUGAUUGGAAAUAUCUAUGACCUACUUUCUCUCUGUCCAGCCUUUCCUUGUCUAACUUCUUCCUUCAUCUCUUUUAUUCCCUAACUACCUGAGCCCCUAAUCAGGCCUAUUUAGCCCUCAAAUAAACUCCAAACUCCAUACAAAUUGCUUUUUGUCUCUGUGAUGUGCUGACCCAAAUGAUGUAUGAGUGUGUCUCCAUUCUGCGGUCAAUGGGAUGGUGUAGAUCUGGGUAUAUAGGAAAUACAGUCACUGUCGGGGCUCAGUCCGUGCUUUUUGAGUAAAUGCAGGCAAUGAUAACUGACAGGGCAGAUUUUGGACUAAGAUUAUGGGCAGUACAGACAAUGGCAACAUCACUCAUGACCUACUUUAUGUGGUUUUCAGAACUUGCCUAUUUGUGAACUUCUGUCUUAACAUGGAUGUUUGAUUUGAUCACUGUUUGGUUAAUUGCCGCAAAGUUCAAAAAGUGAAAAGGAGCACACUCAAACAAUAAACUAUCUUCAAGUCCAUCCAUGACCACAUAAAGGCUUAAAAUAGAUAGGUCAGUUCACCAAAUUAAAUGUCCUUAGACAAGUAACUGAUAAGGUUCAACUUCAGCCUAUAAAAAGUUUUUUUGUGGCUUCAUAGUUACUUUAAUUCCUGUAAAUGUUUUUGACUGUUAUUAGAUACUACAUAGAUAUAAGGUAUAGAGCAUGUUUUAUUCUUUUAAACACUGCCUCUGGGAUCAUCAUUCCACAUUUGUCUUUUAUUCUUGCUGUAUUCACACAAUGAACUCCUGUUAACCAAACUGGCAGAAUUUCUUUCCCCAAUUUGACCCAGAAUUUAUCCCACUAACAGCAAAAAGUUGCUGCUGUGUGAUUUUAGCAGGCAAGAGUCAGAAAAAUUCAUUAGGAGAAAGUGGUAGGGUUACAAAGCACAACAAGAGCAUCAGCCUCUGCCACCUGCCAUCUUAGAUGUCAUUUGACAAAACUGCAACUUCUGCAGCACCGUCUUUCUAUCACAUCUUGUUUCCCAUCCCCCUCUCACCUGGGAAAACCUUGUGCUGUGAGAGACUUUGUGAAUUAACAACUUUGGUAAGUUUCAGGAGGGCUGUCCUGACUCUUCCUGGGAUUUUCAGUGGUCUGUAUGAAAAAAAAAUCUUCAAUCUCUUCUCUUAUUGGAUUUUCACAUUUCUCUCCUCUCUGUCUUUCUCUGUCUUUGGGUUUGUUUCCUUUAUACAUUGUUCUGUUUCUUUUUUCUUUCUUUGCCUGGUCCCUGGGAUCAUCUAACACCCCAUCUGGCCUCUUGCAUUGACUCUGUCUCUGAAACAUUGACUUGGCUGCUAUUGAUAACUCCCCACCCCCCUAUAAGACAAAGAUAUUAACACUUCCAGGAAUGUGUUGAAUGUGUGAUCCUCUCAGUCGAAUCAUUCACUUCUCUUGCUCUGGUGUUGUAUAUUUCAAAGCUGUAUGCUUAGCUUGCAGUCUGGCUGUAUUAAUAGAUCCAAAUAGCACAAAAUAGAUUUGGAGCUGCAGCAGUUCCUCCUGCUGCCUCCGGCCCUCCCUGGCUGGCGGUCUCGCCCGGUGAGUGUGCAUUCUUAAUGCUCCCCUGGCCUCCAUGAGAGACAUGAUUGGUAGAAUUAAUUGUGGCCGGAGGGCCGAAUGGGAAUAAGUGGAGGGGGAGAAAAAGGAGCGAUGGAGGAUAGGAGGAGGAGGAGGAGGAGGAGGAGGAGGGUAUUUGGCUGGUGUUAGUGUUGUGUUCCCUUCAUGAACGCCUGGCACUGGGGGGUGUUGACGUUGUUUUUAUACUCUUAUACUCUCUUUGUCUCACUAGAUUAAUAUUAGCCCAAACUUAUUUUCUUUUAUAGCUCAGUUUCAGUUUCAGUAUCUCUUCAUUUGUGAUUUACACCUCUGUUGCUUGAAGGGAAGAGAUUAGAGAGGCUAAUACAGCAAUCUGAGUGUAAUGGCAUCCCAAGCUCCCCAGGCAGUAAUUCUCUCAAAACAAAGUGUAGUUCUCGUUAUGACUUACCAUUAAAUGAGAUAAAGUGGGCUUAAAAUUGGACUAUAAAACUUGAUAUUUUAUGUACUUGUGUUGGCCUGAUAAACCUGUUUGUUUUAGAGGAUUUUAGAGGAUAGUGUCGUGUGUUUUUGUGUUGCUGGCCUUCAGAUAACAUCUGAGCUCCUAACAUAAAGGAAGCUAUAACUCCUUUCUCUUUCUCUCUUAGUACCUGUUGACCUAUCUUAUCUUUCAGAACUUAAACAAGCUAUGGGUGUCCAACACAGAAACACACAUUAAACCUCUCUUUCUCCUUACCAAUGUGUGUCUGCUCUGUUGACUGUAUACUAUAUUGAUUUGCAUGUUGACAAAGCCUGCUGUUAAUGAUCAUGCGUAAUAUCUUGACAAUCCAAAACUAAAAGUACAGAAAAACAUUUUCAGCGAAGCAGGUUGAUAGUAAGAGGUUUAAGUAUGUGUGUUAGUAAAGCAGAGGGAGGAAGUGAGCACAGAGACGAAAGCUGCAGUUUUCACAAGCAUCAAGGAGCUAAAGAUGGCCUGGCUAAACAGGGAUCAACCAUAGGUCAGUAUAUCAUAAAUAGGAUGUACUGCAGAUACAAACCAUGAGCCACAGACCUCCCGUUUUAAAACCUGUAUGAUAGUUGACAAUUAAUCUGAUUGUUCACUUACUUUUUGAUACCACACUGUGAAAAUUGACUCCAUGUAUUUUAAUUCAUAUUAAGUAUUUGAACAAAUGUUUGGAGCCAGAGGGAGUCCAGUCCAGCUCUGACAAAAGGGGGUACAUGUAUUUUAAGUCUUUACAAAAUGAACAAAAAACAUCAACAACAAAAAAUCGUCUAAAAUUAGUAAAUAAUAGUGAUUAGUAAUAAUAAUCAUAAUAAUCAAAUGCUAUUUUGGCCAUAACCAUGCAUCCCUAUGUUCAACAUGUAAAUGUCCUUCUCUGUGUCUAUCAUUUCUCACUUCAGAGUGAAUAUAGUUAAGAUCAUUGAAAAAAGGAGCAUAUUUUAGCUCAACAGUUGAAUCCUGUCCUCGUGUGCAGAGGUUACAUCUCCUCAGGGUUGGACUUCCUCUCCACAUCACUCUCUCUUGCCUGUUUUUGACUCUAAUUUUGGUCCUAUCUCUCAAUCAAUCUUUUGUUUUAUAUAAACAGUUCAGGAUGCCGAUACGGGUUGUCUCGUACAUGUUUGUUUGUGUUGUUGUUCUCCCUCACUGUCAGCAAACUGGAGGGUCUCUGAGCAGGAUUUAUGUGCUGGUUUUAUGAGGUCGUGUCAUAGAAAUGCCUAUAUGGAAAAAAGAAGAAGGUGGGGGUAGGGUGUAUGUGUGAGAAAGGGUUUCGGGGGUUUAGACGAAGAGGGGUUCUGGGGAAGCUGUCUCAUCAUUUAUUUAUACAAUCUACAGAAGAAGGGGUUAGAGAGAGAGGGGGGCUGCCUGCUUCGAGCUGCCCUGGGAAUACUGCGGGUCAAGAGUUGUUUUUCUAGCUACCAGCACAAUUCUUUGUCUGGAAAAGUGGAGACAAUGAUGAACACAAUAUGCUGCAGUGGAUCUGCUCUUCUUGUAGUUUGUUGUAAGAGGGAACAUCUAAUUAUCUGUGAUGCCAAACCCAUUAAUACCCUGCUGCUAGGAACCCUGAGACUCUUGCUUGUUUGACUAUCUAGAUCUUCGGUUUAUUAGGGUUAGGAAUAAAACGCCAAUCUUAACACUGGUUGGGUUUUCUUGUUGAAUAUAUGAAUUAAUAUUUCUUUUCUUUGUUUGUCGUCCGGACUCUGAAAUCAGUUUGCAUCCAUUGAGAGGAGGAGGUUCACUUUUUAUCAGGUGUUUGUAGCUGAUGUAAUGUGUAGUGUAAAAACGAAAAGAAACCUAUCAAGUCCAUUAGAUUUCUUUUUUCACAAACAGACUGAUUAUGAAUAAAUCAAUUACUAUCAGUUUUGUUAUCGUUGUUAAACUGUAAAUUAACACAUUUCUUUAGGGGAGGAAAUGGCAAAUAGUUGAAAGUUAUAUUUUUUACAUUUUUGCCUGUAUUUGAUAAGACAAUCGAAAUAUGAAGAGUAGAGAAUGGGGGAUGGAAUGCAGUAAAGGAGUCGAAAUAGAAACCACUGCAACAAAGACUACAGCCUCUGUAUAGGGUGUGCACUUGAACCACUAGGCCCAAAUAUUUGAUACUUUUUCUCUGAUAAAACAGUGAAGUAAUGGAUUGAUUCAUCAUCCCGUGUAAAGGGAGAAAUACAGCCAAAACUACGUUUACUUCAUGGCUGUGAUUUAUGGUCAGUUUCUGUUUCUAAAUCUAAUUAAAGCACAAAUUGAUCUUCUCGAACUGUAUAAAUCAAAAAGUAUUUCAGCUGCUGUUCAUUGUCACCCUUGAUGGUCACAUGGGUAAAUAAACAUCUCACCUACUAAAUAUCCCACAGAUCCUGUUAACACAGAUUUAUUCAGUCUCGUAGAGCAACAGAGGAUGAUAUUUAGUGCUGGCACUUCAGGUGCUGGUGCCUGCAUGCAGUACACACACACACACACACACACACACACACUGACUUACAGAGAGCAGAGGCAUAUAUCAGCAUACAGCCCUGUGGGGACAGAGACAUUACUCCCUACUGAAGGGUUCUAUCACCAUCUUCCUGGCUUCUCACACACACAUAAACACAAAAUGCCAUUGCAUCAAAAGCUGCAGGAGAUUGGUGCGCUGAUAAAGGAGGCCAAUAAUGGCAGAUUUUUAUCUAGGAAGAAAACACAUCCUGAGUUGGGAUUUCAUAGAUGACCGAUAUUUGCAGCCGUGUCACAACAUAAACAUUGUCUAAAUACCUUUUUCACUUAAUCCAUAGCAAUAGCUGCUCUUGUUUGUUGGGCAGUAAUCUCUGUUUGCAUAUUUAGCAUAAGAAUUUUGAUAGAUUUUGGCAUAGGUGGUAUUCUGGUUCCACUUUCUGCAGGAUUUGACGUGAUGCAGGGAAACAGCCUGUGUGCAGAGCAGAAGUGGCAGAAUUCUCUCAACUAUAAUGCAGUUCAAGGAACUUCUGGUGGUGAUUUAAUAACCAUUUAGCUUAAAUUGAUGACCACAAGUGGAUAUCUGCAUGGUAGCACACCUUACAAUUUGAUCUUUUUCACCGUCUCUGAUCCCAUCUCUGUUCUCACUUGUUUAACUUUAGUCAACGAGUCCUUUAUCCCUGGGUUCAUUUAACGUUUAUGGAACAGUAUUUCUGCUCUAGCAAAAUUAGGGCAAGGCCUUGGAAACUGAAUACAUAAUUGUUUUUCUGGUGAAGUUUUCCAGUGUGAAACAUCCACUCAUUACUGUAGCUGGGUCAACACUUAGAUUCCCUAUUGACACCACACUGUUGUUGACUGCAACCAUUGCUUGUUAAUCUUAAAUGAAAUCUUCUUCACUCAGAAAAUGGUCAUGGCCAGUGGCAGUCAGAAUGAGUUUACAGUAGCAGAGCAGUGCAGCUUCAUGUCUGGACCACUGUUUUGGCUGGGGCAAUAAAGACUAUUGUUAAGUUGUCUAAUUCUAAUGAGAGAGCUACGUUUAAUAAAAAAAUAAGGGGUAAAUACUAGCACACUUGCCUAUUAUUAUUAUUAUUAUAUGAGUGGCAGUAGCUCAGGAGGUAGAGCGGUCGGUCAAUAACUGGAAGGUUGGCGGUUUCAGUCCUGCCCUAUCCCUUGUCUAUCCGUUGUGUCCUUGGUACAACACUUAACCCACCUUGCUCCCAGUGUGUGUGCCCUCCACUGGUGUAUGAUUGUGAGUGUUAUAUGGUGGUGCUCGGAGAGGCCGUAGGCGCAAACUGGCAGCCAUGUUUCAAUCUGUCUGCCCCAGGGCAGCUGUGAAGGUAGUUUACCACCACAAAUUUGUGACUGUGUGAGCGAAUGAAUGAUAUAUCCAAUGGAAAGCGCUUUGAGGUCACUGACAAAAAGCGCUCUGAAAAAUCUGAUGCAUUAUUAUGGUUGCCUAUUACUGUACCAGUUGGUAAUUCUAAUACUAACAUUUUCUUUUAUGAUGGCUCAUUGUAUGUGUGGAGAGUCAGGAUGUUCAAUUAUUUGUUGUCUCAUUCAGGUUGAAUAGUAAAUUGACUUCCCUCAUGUGGCUCUUUGUUAGUCUCCGGGUUCUGGAGUUGGAAACUGAACCGCAAACCCGUCCAACCUUUCCCCACAAAUGUUGAACGACAUUUUCCACAUUGCUUGAGCGUUCCUCGAGCUGAAUUUGAAAGUCGUUCCCUCUUCUUUACCCCUCAUUUAACAUGAAAUCCAAGCAUUCCCCUGUCGUCACAUCUCUUUGGUAGACACAGUCAGGCUCAAGGAAGUGAUCCCUUAUAUCCACCAUGACUUGAGAUAAUGAGAAGCCACACUGUGAAGCCUGCAGUGAAGCUGUCAGAUUUGUACCAACACUGACACCUAGAUUAUAUUACAGACGGAAUGUAUUCCUUAUAAUUGAAUGAAUUCAGACUUUAAUUUUGAUUAAGCUUCACUACGUUUAUUACAGCAGGAUAGAUCAUCUUAGCGAGCAGGUAGGGGAUAGAGACAGUGUGAUCAAAACACAAUGAUGAUGCUCAGGUAGGAGACAGGUGUUAGAGGAACACAGAGACACACCUUACACUCAGCUGUAAGGAUGAACUCUCUCUGACUUCAGCCUUUGGUCUCACACAUCACAAAGACACAUAAAUGGGUGGAAAGAAAUCUAUGUGGAAUAGGUGCAAACACACACACACACACACACACACACCUCUACUGAUGUGCUCAGUAGCGCAUGAGGUCAGUGGGGAACAGAGAGAGAGAGAGGUGGGCAAGACUAUUUCGUAACCCUUCUAUACCUGCAAAGUGCUCCCACAUCUACACUCUCAUCCACCAACACACUCACUCAGUCAGUGUUUAAAAAAGGCAAUUUCACAAAGUACAUACACAUGUAUUCCUUUACAUGCCUUUGCAAAUGUACUUUGAGCACCAAUGAGGAUUUGAGAACAGCAUUAAAAGAAGGAAGUGUAACGUGGUAAUAUGUCAACUGUGUGGCAGGAAAUUACAGGUAAUGUUGUUGACAUUUUCAUGUUGGUUUUCUGAUUGGGAUCACAUUUUGAUUACAACAAACUGUGGAGAGGAUUUUUUUUCUUGAUUAUCAACUUCAGGAGAUAAAAUCUCUGUGUCAAAUAAACAACAGUGAACUAACUACUCAAAUCAACUCAGCUUUAUUUACAGUGUGUGGAACCUUUCAUCAAAUUAUGCAGCCGAAAGCGCCUCACCAAAGAACAGACAGAAAUCGCAGCAAUAACUUAAACGAUAAAAGAUUAAAGCAAUAAUACAAGACUAAUAUAAGAUGAUGAAAAUAAAAUGGAAUCAAUAGAGAAAAUUAAUAAGCUUGUAGGAGUGGAGAGCAAAAUCAGAUCAAUGGAAUAAAGAGGAUUAUAUAAAUACCAGACAAAAGGAAUAAUUGAACAAAUUAAAAAAAAAGAAAAUGUUACUUUAUGUCUCUAUCCUUCAUCUCUCUUUCAUACAAACUCUUCAUCAGCUGUUUAACCCUUUACUUUAAAUUACAGUGUAGCUCGGUCCGCUGUUUGCCCGCAGCUUUAACUAAAGGAGCAGGUUGGAUCAUUUCUCAUUCUGCUGCCGCACACUGACUGGACGGGUUCACAGUCGUUUAGCAAACUUGCACAGCAGAUCAUCAGUCAGCGGUUCAAGCAUUUGCCCUUUUAUCCACAUACUCACUCAUCCUUUCAUCCAUCCCUGCGUGGAUGUGGGGCUGAAAAGAGUUGUAGGUGCAGCUGAACUGUGCUGUUGGGUAGAAGUGUGAGGCAGAUUGGAGACCAUCUGUCUCCCUCUCCGGCUCUAUUUACAUUUCAUUCCUGUUGUUCUCACCCUGGAUGGUCAUUUCAUGGCCUCUUCUUCUCAAGCUUUCUUCAAUAAGUGGGGUGUCUGGUUUGAGGAUUUGUGCAUCAAAACAAACUAUUGAUAUUUUUUUUAUCACUGUAGGUCUGCAAUACUGGACAUCUUUUAUGCUUAUAAAAGGAUAACGCUUACGUUUAUGCUUGCUGCUGUAAUCCUAAAAUGCACUUCUACUCAAAUGUAAACAAGCUCCAAAUGACAGAAGGUGUCUUAUAUUGGAUCUAGAAAGUGGUGAUGAAGUUGUAUAUGGGCUGUUUGAGGUUAAAUUGGCAUAUGACCCAAAGACACAAUGACCUUAUAUAUAGCUUUAAUGAAUUAAUGAUGUUCAAUUAGCUCGUUUUUUUGACCUUUAAACUAGUCUGUUUGUCCAAAUUUGAAUUGUCAGGACGCAAGUGAUCCAUUCGACUAUAUUGAUUAUCUCAGCUGUGUUGAUCUUUCCUCUUCACUUGAACUUUAGUGUCCCCAACAGUGAACUACUCAACCAUCAAUGUACGGCAUGUGUGUCCACAUAAAGAAUCACUGUUGACGCUGCAUGUAGGGUUUAGUCUACUGGACCAACACCAGUUUAAUGUGGUCCUAUUUUCCAGUACUAAAAACCAUGUUGGUUUUGUUUUGGAGGUAUCAUGAAUCAAACUGUGACUAACGCAUUGUUUUUGGACUCAACACUUGGAUAUGUUCCUGUCUUUUACUCAUAAGGAUUUUUUUUUUAUCCCUUUCACAAGAAACUUAAGGUUUUACUCACCUGCAGAGAGCUGUUUGAAUUACUUAGACUUAAUUAUCUUAGAGGGUGUGGGGGCAGUUUCUCAUUUAUUUUCCUUGUAAAGCUGUGCUGUUUUUCCACCUUUUCAUAACAGGCUCACACAUCCCUGCUGUGGAUGUAUGUACAUAUUUGUGUAUUUAUGUGUUUGUUUGUGUGUGUGUGUAUAGAGCAGAGUGGUAUCGACAGGCUGCAGCCUCAGGCAUCUCUUUCUGAUUGCUAUGUUGAAUAGAGAACCUCUCAAUCUAGCAGCCACCGCCUAGGCUCGCUUUAUAUAACGGCAGAUGUUUACUCUGCAGUAUCAGUGUUUGAUCGGGCGUUAUAUCUAUUCUCUAUCCUGCCUAGAAUGAAAUCCUCAUUUGCCGUUAAGUUCCUGGUGACUGACCAUGUCCAAAUGAUGAAAAUGUCAACUGUACCCUGUAAAAUCUGAGACAUUUCGCUGAGUUAAUACUGGAUAAGUUUAGGAGGUUUUAUUGGAAAGUAUUAUUUUGUCCCUGCUUUGACUGAGAGCCUUAUCUGUCCAAUCCCAGCAUUUAAGAUUCUGUCUAGGUAUCAGGUAACCUGUUGUGAAUGAGGCAGAGGAAUAUUUGAGACAGAGCAUCGAUGCUGAUUGAAUUUGCCACCCCUGAAAAAGACAUGCACGGUCUUUCAGCCUGGAGAGAGAAACGGAAGGAAGCCGGUGAUCUAAUUUUGAUGCUGAAUGAAGGUCUGUGAGGACCAACCUGCAAGGAAGCAUCUGCAGGAAUAAGUUUGUGGAGUAUUAGCUGAGAAGGGCAGUAGACCAUGAAAACUUUGACACCAAAAAGGGGCAGCCUGUCGUUUUUUUAAGGGGUUAGAAAGAAGGCUGUUAAAGAAACUAUGAAGAGUUUUGAACAGGUUGAGAACCACACUGGAACUUACACUGAUGCCUCUUUGUGACCUUGAAAAGCAAAUGUGAGCAUCUGAACUAAGACUAAUGGUUUCACUUAAGUAAUUUAUUGCCCUUAAAAAAAGGAGGGGGAUAGGUGUGAGAUCAGAUGGCUGACAUCAAUCUAAAAGAGUGACUUUUCACUUUUGAAGCAGCGAAUGCUAUAAAGGAGUGACAGAUUUCAUUGUUAAAAAGCUGAGGUUCUUGUUUGAAAAUACCACUUUCACCUGUUUGGGACAUUGGAUAACAGGUAUCCCUUUGUCCACAAGGGGCGCCAAAGUCAACAUGACCCAAAAUGUCUUCACAGCUGCUUUAAGCCUUAGGUUCUACAAAUGAUCUAAUAUUGUCUGUGUUGAGACAUUGGUGUUCCUGUAAUUGUUGCCUUCAAGCUCAGUGUUUCACACCGUAGUAUAAACAGUAAACAGUGACAUCAGCAUGACGUCUUAAUAUAUGUAUUAAAACUGUUGUGUUUUGUGCAAAUUGUUGAUGAAUAUUUCUCCUCUCUCCUUGUUUCCUUCAGUCACAGACGAAGACACGGUGAAAAGAUACUACGCCAAGUUUGAGGAGAGAUUUUUCCAGACCUGUGAGAAGGAGCUCCUGAAAAUCAACACCUUCUACUCAGGUAUUCAUUUCUGAAUAUGAUGUUUCUCUAAGAGUUUAGCGAUUUUUAAUUUAGAUAAAGGACAAACUAUGACAUGCAGACAUGAAUGGGUUUAUUUGUGGACAGACCAUCUCUAUUUUAGCAACAUUAGUCUCUAUUACUAUCAGACAUUGUAAAUGGCUCUUCCAUACACACCUCCUCAUUAUGGGGUAAACAUCCCCAGCUGAUUUCUUUGGCAAUAAUAGGUAGCUGCAGACUACUGUCAACUCCAGACUACGUUUGUUAUUCCAGAAUCUCGGACCGUAGAGUUUAGCAUGCCAAAAGUACAGUCACAUGUUUUGAUGGAGCAGCAGCAGUGAUCUAACCUGUCAAGUCAUGCUGCCCUAACAAAAUAAAAACUAUAACUAUAACAAAGAGUCGACUUACUUUGUACUUGUCUUCUUGUUUCAAAGCAAAACCACGCUGUGCCUUCUAUUGCGCUGUUAAUCGAAGCAGCCGGUGAAUGUCAUGUUUGUGCAUGCUGGCAUGUCUGUGUGUAUUUCUGGGAGCAGUGGAGUAUUUGUGUAUGUGUAACAUGAGAGGGGAGGCAUAAUAUAUUCUGGUAUUCUGGUACCAAAAGGUUGCCUGCCGGUUUUGAACUUCAGCUCAGGAGGAAGUAAGAGUCGUAUAAAAACAGAGAGUGCUUCCUCUAGAGGCUGAGUGGGAAACUGCAGGUCAGCCGAGGGCCAAGGUUGACUGGCAAGCUCUCGCUCCAGCUCGUAAUGAUGGGAAAUAAACCGCGGAUGGAUGGCUGGAGUUGAAAACAAACAAGAUAUAAAUCAUUGCGGAUCUUGUUAGCAGGAGGCUGAUUUACUGAGCCGAAAGGAUUUAGUCUUUUUGAAAAUGAAAUUUGCCAGAUACUCCCAGUGUAGCUGCUAUCCAGGCCAUGCCUUGUUAAAUUGUCUUUCGGUAUCCUCAUCUGCUGUCAUCUGCACAAAAACAACAAUGUAAAUCCUUCGAUCAGACAAGAAAAGUUUUAUUUCUCCUUCAUUCCAGCACAAAUAAACAGAUCAUAUACUGUAUAUGUGUAGAAGUGUUUUAACUGAUCAUUUUAUAGUUUUAUGUGAACAUAAGAUUUUUGAAUAUGUGCAGUAUUUUAAAAUUUAUCCAGUGAAGACAUACUUUAAUUUGAAAAACUGUUUUGUUCAUACAAAGUCAAGGUUUAUGCACAAACCGUAUCUCUUGGUAUCUACAGAAGACGCUAUAGUUUGUGACGUAUAGAUUUAUAACUGCUAAUAGCUGUACCAUGGUUAGAUAAGACUGCACUGAUUGGGUGAUUUAAGUUUGUAUGUAUGAGUGUCAAUGCAUUUAAACAGAGAGAGGACUCGAAUGCAGACUUUAAAAUGUGUCUAAAACAAGAUAAAGUAAAAAAGAAAAAAGGCUCCAUGAGGAACCAGCAACAAAAUGAUAUCCUAAGCAAGGACAACAUGGUCUUAAAAAAAACAUGCAAACACCAGGACCACGACAGCUCAGACUUAAAAACAAGGUUUGAAGAUGACCUGGCAGAAAGAGAGAAAAGGCUAAGACUGUUUACAUAUGGAAAGACAGGACAACUUUGCAUAGCUGAAACAGACAACAAUAGGACAGGAGAUAACAAGUGAACUUGAUUAAAUGAAAUUCAUCAAAAAGAGAGAAGCCUUCACUCCCCGCACACACUAACAAGCCUUUACUGACCCCAUAGGUCACUGGCUGUCCUACCUACCUACAAAUAAAAAGGUCCUUCUUUGGUGGGACACUUGGAUACUCAGAAACAAAAACCUUUAGGACUCUCAUAUCAGUUUUAUUUCCCAACACAGGAAAUCACCGCUUAAUGUGACAAAAUACAAGGCAGACAAAAAUAAACCCAUAAUCACACUUUUACAUGGUCUCAGCUCUACAUGUGGUCUGUGAUAGCAGAGUCACAGCAUAUCAUUAUUUCAGUCAGACACAGUCUCCUCUGCAGACCUGAGGUGUGUGAGUUCAGUUUAAUGUUGUGAAAUAUGAAAACACCGACGUCUCCUCUCUGCUCUCAGGGAUCUUGUUUAUCCUCCACACUCAGGAGGGAGAGAUGGGAAAUUGCAGAGUUGUGUGCAACAGCCAGCUUUAUCUCGAUGCCCCUCACUCUGUGGGACGGUGUGUGUGUGUGUGUGUGUGUGUGUGUGUGUGUGUGUGUCUGUGUGUUUGUGUGUGUGUGUUUGUGUUCAGUGGUUUGAAAAACAUGCCUAGUUGUGAGAAAGAAGCAGCAGCAGAUAGACAGAGAUAAAUCGUGUGCUGACUUGACUUGAGACACUUUUCCUCCACACAGCUCAUUCCCUCUGAAAGGGGUCAUUGACCUCACAGAGACAUCUUCUUGCUGCACUGCGCUGAGAUCCAGCCUGCUGGUCAGAGCUCUCAUCUCAAUUGGUUAAAAACACACCAAAGAUAGAUUCUUUAGACUUCUGUACAAAUUGAAAUAUCCGCCAAAGCUAAAAUUCUGUAUUUACCAUCAACCACCAGUUAAAAUCUGAACCACCAAUGCUGAUAAGGCUUGUUUGCCCAACACGAGUAAUCCUAAUCCAGGUUUGUCCUGUGUUUAUAGGUCACACACUUAUCCCAGACCUCUAAUUAAAUCAAAAAACCUGAAGCAGGCAGCCAGGGUCUUAAGAUCCCUCCUGUUUUCAUGUGUUCAUCCAAGCAUUGUGAUGACAGAGUGUAUGAGCUGAGCAGGAGGACAACUGUGAGUCCAGAUAUCAGGGGACGAACAUGUUCAUCUACAAUUCAUAAUAAUGUGGACCCAUAAGGUUGAUGUGUGUAAAAUCUACUAAAAAAUACAGUGUCUGAAGAAUAUACAGUCAUAUACAGUGAAAUAUGCACUUUCCAUGAUGAAGUAUGUUGAAAGACCAAUUACAGGUUGAGUUGUAGACUUAAUCCAUGUAUGUUGAAUAUUCAUUUUAAUAAGUCUUAGAGUAAAGCAGAAGAAGUGAGAGAAUGAAGAUAAUCAUCAGGUGAGGAAAAGUGGGGGGGGGGGGGGGGUGUAGUUUGAGCUGGAUAAAACCGGAUUUAUUUUGCUGAGUCAGCGUUUUUAAGUCUUAUCCCCCUGGCCAUAUUUGGAGUUCCCUCAGGGCAUGUUCUUGGCUCCCGGGUCAAAUCCCUCAGUACACUUUUGGUUUUUAAUGACUCAGAUUGAUGUGAUCUGUCAAUCAAAACAGCUACAGAGGGCACCAGGUAUAUAAUAUAGGUGACGAUUUGGCAGUCUGUCCCAGAGUUUAGAGUUUCAUGAAGAUAAAUCUGACUUAACCAUCUCCAGAAACUUUAUUUUAUUUUAUUUAUUUUCCUCUUUCUUUGUUUGUGGGUCACAGGACUUCUUUCUUUCUUUGAGUAAAUUUUGAUCUGGACACUAGACCAUCUUAAACUGUACACUCACACCUUAAAGCCUGUCCUCUCUGAACUACAAACUGAAGAAAAAUAGUUGAAUCUCUUUAGAAAUAGGCUCAAAAAUAUUAAAGUAAUGAAUUGUCCUCGUUUUUAAGGGUUAUGUGUGAUUGUAAAAAACUUUGAUCCACCAACCCUUAAUCAACAUGAAAAGGAACACAUUUACAAUAGUCGAGCAAAAGAAACGUCAGUCAGGGAGACACAGAGCUAAUCUGUGUCAAAAAAUGCAGAUGGAGGUGCAUGAGGAGUCAAUGAAAUUCAGUUUAGUGCCCUGUGUGAUCCCUCUUCUCUCUCUUUCUCUCUCUGGGUUUAUUAACCCAUGUGUAACCCAGACAGGGGUUUCCACUGCAGCAUUUACAUAUCAGCACAGGAUAAUGGUGUCCAUGCAAAGGACCACAGAGAAAAAUACAGUGUGGAAAAGGUUGUUUCUGUUACCUUAAGCUGCUUUUCCACUGAGCAGUUAAAGAAAGUAUGGUCUGGGAGAAGAAAUGGAUCUGACUUUUGCUUUGAAAAACAUUUUGAAAGUGUAAUCUGUGUAUUUAGAUAAUUGUGAUAAAUAGAGCUUGUAGAGAGUCAUUGCUGCCCUCAACUUAUCACUUUUUGGUAUAUUUCGGCUAGUAGAACCAAGAUCAAGAUCAAACGCACCAUUGUAUGUGUAUGUUCUUCUCGAUACCUGAAGCCUGAUUUUGUAUCAAGACAACCAGUGUCAAAGGGAGGCAGUUAAACUAUAACAACAAUGAACAUUCCUGAGAAAUACAAAACACAAACUUAUAUUUCUCUCUUACUUUGUUUUUGUGUCUGUCCACUCCACUCCAGAAAAACUUGCUGAGGCUCAGAGACGUUCUGCCACUCUGCAGAAUGAGCUGCAGUCUUCACUUGACGCUCAGCGCGAGAGCAACGCUCCCCCCAGCCUGCGCAAACGCAAGACCAUGUUUCACCUGUCGCAGGAAGAGCGCUGCAAACAUCACAACAUCAAGGACCUGAAGCUAGCCUUCAGCGAGUUCUACCUCAGUCUCAUCCUGCUCCAGAACUACCAGGUUUCAACACACAUACAGCCUAAUUUCAGUCUGAAGGGUGUUCAAUAUGGUUAAAAUUAAAUGCAUCUAAAAAUGAAAAAACAUUCCAAUUUUAUUUUUUUUGUUUUGAAGUGAAUUUUUGAGUAUUUUGUCUUAAAUUAAUUGAACGGUUGAAGAAAGACAGGAAAUGGAAUAGUAGAAAUGAAGACAGACAUGUAGUAGAUUUAGUAGUUUGUUAAUAUCUGUUCACUGAUUUCUGCCAACAGAACCUGAACUUCACCGGUUUCCGCAAAAUCCUGAAGAAACAUGACAAGAUCCUGGAUACGCCCCGUGGGGCCGACUGGCGUGUGGCUCACGUGGAGGUGGCGCCUUUCUACACCUGCAAGAAGAUCACACAGCUCAUCUCUGAGACAGAGGUGCUGGAUCACACACUCACAGAGGCACACUUGGAUACAAGGCUGUUGUCAAAAACUACAACAACAAAAAAUGAUUGUUGUGUUUGUGUUUAGACCCUGGUGACCACAGAGCUGGAGGGAGGAGAUCGUCAGAGGGCCAUGAAGAGGCUGAGAGUUCCUCCACUGGGGGCAGCUCAGGUCAGGAGACAUACCUGUACUUCAGGAAUCACUGAGUGACAUGAACCUGAUUUGUGCUAAACAUGGCUAAAAGGCUAAACAUGCAGUUUCAAAUCACUAACAAUGGCUAUUUGUCCACUCAGCUCAUCUUUAACUAUCCAAAUACACAUUUCCGGUCUGUUUUUACAUUUUUGACUCUUCGUUGUUACAAGUUUAAUACGUUUUGUUGAUGGUGGACCAAGACUAAAAACAAAAGGGAGGGGUUUUCUUUAAGAGUGAAACAGAGAGUUAAAGAUGGACAGAUGUGAAGUGGGUGAAACCGUGAGAGCCUCCAGUAUUGAUUUUGUAAGUGCUUCUCUUUGUUGAACAGACAGGAUAUCUUUCAGAAAUCAUGCAGGCUUGUGGCACAUUACCCCUCUAUGUUAUUUCUGCUGUUAGUACUGCAUUAAUUACUGUCACGUCUUGAAUUGUACUCUGUGAGUAUCGAUCGCUAAAAUUCCCCUAUAUGUUUGUGCAUUAUAAAUAUAUUCAGGCAGAUAAAAGGAAUCAAAUGGCUUUAUAUGGAGACAGGCUUAAUAUGUUGGUGUUUGAAGAAGUGGAACCUUGUUGCAUCAACUGUGUCUGAGAAAUAAGAAUAUUUUUUUAUUGGUACAGACAGUGAUUAGCUGUCUUAUAUAAUCUAUAAUAUGUCCAAAAAUAAUGUUGUUGUUUUUGUAACCUCUUCCUGGUUCAGCCUGCUUUAGCUUGGACAACGUUUCGUGUGGGUCUCUACUGUGGCUUCUUUAUCAUUCUGGCCAUAUCCUUCGUUCUCACUGGUGAGUCGCACCAAUACUCUGAUUCAUACAUUUUUCAUAUCCUGUUAAGUCCUGUGCAAUUUGUAAAAUGUCACCACAAGAUAACGGCAGUUCUGGUGAAAUGGUUUACAUAAACAGGGAACACUGCCCACAGAUUUUAUCUUUCAAAAUCAUAAAAUCCACCCUGGUUUCAAUUAGGUGCUGUGUUCAUCCGCUUUGAGAACAUAUGGCCGCUGGUGCGGAUCUAUCGAGGCGGCUUCUUGUUGAUCCAGUUCCUCUUUCUGUUGGGCAUCAACACGUACGGAUGGAGACAAGCUGGAGUCAACCAUGUGCUCAUCUUUGAGAUCAACCCCAGGAACAACCUCUCACACCAGCACCUGUUUGAGGUCAGAGCAGGAAACGUAGACAAAGCAGAUCUGUUCAAUUAAAGUCCUGAGUGUUCAGAAAAAUAAAGUUUUCUCUGUAUAAGUAGAUGUUUAUAGGUAUUAAUUUAUUCAACAAAUAUGAAGCUGGAAAGAUUGAGGUUAUAUUGUCAUCAGGGUAAUUAAAAGAUACAAUAUUCAAAUCAUCCCGAAAUGUUUCUUUGUUUUCAAAAAAAUAGUUUCCUCUAAAUUAUUCAGACCUGUUAAUUUGUGAUGAUUAUAUGUCAAAAGUGUGUUCCUGUAACGUCAGUCUUUUCUGUUUCUGCUCUGUUUUCUGCAGAUUGCUGGUUUUCUGGGGGUGUUGUGGUGUCUCAGCAUCCUCUCCUGUCUGUACUCAGAGUACACCUACCUCCCCAUGCAGAUCAACCCUCUCAUCCUCUACGGCUUCAUGGUGCUCUUCCUCAUCAACCCCUUCAAGACCUGCUACUACAAAUCACGUUUCUGGCUCCUCAAACUGCUGGUCAGUAAACUCACUGGCUGAAUGAAGCAUUGUGUCGCACUCAUAGACUGUACAGACACACUGCUGUGACUUUAUUUAGUGCCACUCUGAAAUUUGUCUGUGAGCUUUGUGUUUUUAAGAAAAAAACUAAGCUAAACAAAUAAAGCUUACUGAAACACUUAAGAGAUGUACAAAAAAAAACAGGUUCAGAGACGUGCAAAAAGUUGGAAUUGAUGCUUGACACAAAUCAAAGGCUUAUCAACCAAAUGAAAACAAGAUGAGACCAAACAAUUCCUGUAGAAUUACACAAAACUGCACAAAACAGUCUUUAGCAAUAAAUAAGUUUGUCCCAGCGCAGUCAGUGUCAAAGGCAGGAUCAGAGCGCAAGUCCGAAUCCUCCCUGCUUGAGUCCAUAUUGAGUCACGACACUUUGAUAUCAGCGCUUGAAAUUUAAGUUUCAAGUCUAUUUUCCAGUGUCAUUAAAUUAAAGACAUUUCCUUUAACAUUUUGUAAACAAAAUUAAUAUGCUUUUUGAGGACCUUAUUUAUGAAUUGCUAGACAAAAAGGCAAAGUAAUUAUUGUCGUUAGAGACUCAAGGUUUGAUUAGACCGCUUAGUCCUUCAGGUUUGAUACAACACGUUAUUGUAACCAAAACGUAAAUCAAAAAACAUUAUAUAUGAGCUUUUGUACCGUUUACAGAUAUUUUCACCACUGUAUUGUGCUGCCGAUACGAUAUUUCCCUGGAUGUCUGUAUUUGUGUGUGUAUGUGUGUGUGUAUGUGAGUGUGUGCGUGUCACAUAAUGGGUGCAUGUUAUAUUCAGAUUUCUAUCUGGAGUCUCAUGUUUACAAAAACCCUCCUCUAUUACUCUGUUCUUUGUCUAAGCUGAGCUACAGGCCUGCAGGAGAGAGCGUGGUGUGUGUGUGUGUGUGUGUGUGUGUGUGUGUGUGUGUGUGUGUGUGUGUGUGUGUGUGUGUGUGUGUGUGUGUGUGUGUGUGUGUAGAGGGGGGUGUACUGAGACAGAGGGCAGAGGGAUGAGGGAUAAUAGAAUGCAGCCUCGUCCCCUGGGAGGUGGAGGUUGUGACUGUGCAAUCAUUACAGGCAGAGAUCUAUCAGUAUGCUGAUGCCCUCAGCUCCUCUGUCCUACCUCCUCCUCCUCUUCCUCCUCUUUCUCCUCUUCUUCUCCUCCUCUUUAGCCCCGCUCCCUCCUUUCCUGCCUCUCCCCACAGCAGAACCCCCCUUUUUUUUUUCGUCCUUGCCCUUGCAGCUUCCUGCUGAUGUGGCUCUAUUAUCGGUCUGAUUGGUCUUCAGAAAUCACAUCAAGCUACAAAGCAUUUCUGCUGGACUGACCUGUUUUUAAUGGUCCUCUAUGUCGCCUCAUUGAAGCAAUAAGCUAUUAAUUAACUGUAGUUUUAUUGGAUCUAAUUGGUUGUUAGUUUUCUAGCAGUGCUAUAAAAUACAUCCGUGAUAUGUGAGCUAAUUUCCUCUGACAAUAAAUACCCGUCAAAAGACAAAAAUUUCAUUACAGGACAAACUGCAGAGCAAGCACCUGGAUCACAAGUGUUUGCUCUAGAAAUGAAAAGUGAACCCCAACACUGCAGCAGGCUUAGCCUUGACUCGUCCGUACAGAUGGAGCGGAAAUGAGUUAGAUGGUCCCUGGAUCUAUACAGCCUGAUUGACAGGUUAAGAGAAAUACAUAAUAUGUAUACAAAAAAUCAAUAUACUUUGACAUUUAGAGUGUGGGGAUGGUGAGGUGUUUUAUAGUACAUACCUCUCUAAGGGUACAUAGAAAGAAAAAUGUAUUUGAACACUCUUAAAUGUCACACACGGCUCGAGGGAAAGUGGAAAAAGUGAGGGGAGGUUAUAUCGUUGUACAAAGUGUGGUCAAUACCUGAGUCUCAGCCAAGAGUCAUGAUCCAAAACAUACCCACAGAGGCAAUGUGAACCAGGAAAACCAUAAACCACGGCCUGGUUGUCUCAUCAACAAGUAGUGAUGUACAAAUAAACACAGAGACACAGUGUGACUCAUUAGGCUGUCCUGUUGUGAGCUGAUAAUGUAGUCUGGAGGCUCAAUUCCUCUGUGUGUUAGUGAUCCCAUAAUAGAGGAUGUUCCCUGCUUUACACUGUACAGUACAACGAGGAUUUCACACUAAUUAAUUGUUCAUUAAUUCAGUCCCAGCGUUGAAAGUACUCACAAAUUAAAAUGAAAAUGUCAGCCAAGGUGUUUCUGCAGAGCAUCAAUAAUUGUCAUAAUUUGUAGGACAUAUUUGUUCCUCUUAGAUGCUUGAACUUGUACUUAAACAGACCACUAAAAUCUGUGCUCUGUCUGUGUGCUCUUGUCUGCGUUCAGUUCCGUGUCCUCACAGCUCCGUUUCACCGAGUGGAGUUUGCAGACUUCUGGCUGGCCGAUCAACUCAACUCUCUGGUGUUUGUUUUGAUGGAUCUGGAGUAUCUCAUCUGCUUCUACAUCUUUGAACUGCAGUGGAGCAACAGCAAGGGUCUGCUGCCCAACGCCAAAGGUGAGACACUUGACUUUAUGUCCUCUGCUAUCAGUGAGCAGAGAGAAAACAACACUAUUCUUAUUUCUAAGAAGUAUACGGCUGUACUCUGAGUGUCAGUGACUUGUCAUGUAGCGGCAUUUUAUUUAAAAAAGAGUUUGUGGAAGAAUAAACCCAGACAAGGUCAAUCUGUUAAAACAUCACUAAAGAAAUGAGAUUCUUGCUCAACAUUCCUUAUCUACUCCUGACUGUAUGAUAUGUAUUUUUGUUUUUACUUCAAGUUCCUUUGCAUUUGCAAUACAGUCCAUACUUGUUCUGCAGGGUUUGUUAAACAACGCUUUAUUAAAGAUCAAAAACCCUGACUGAAACAGCUUAGAUGCACAUGAAUGAGGCAUAUGGGAAGUGAAAACACCACGGUAUACAGUAAACUGCUACAUUCAUAGCUUCUGUCCAUUAAUGCAGUUUUUUAUUUUUGCAUUGGCAGCACCUACAGCCAAAGCUUCAGAGUGCUUUUUACAGCACUUACUGUUGCAGGGUUACAUGGGCUGUCUAGCGGCCCCUCCUCUUUACUUAAUUGAGUUUAUUUGUAGACCCUGUAGGCCUAAUUUUCUCAUAUAUUUAAUUAUAUUUUAAAUGCAAAUUAAAAACAAUGGGGAAAAAAAAUCAUGUUUAAGCUUCAGAGGCAGCUUGAAAUUGUACCCUCAAAAAUCCAUUUAGUAUUCAUAUGAUAAACUAAGGCUGGUAUCCUCCAUAUCUCUGAGCAAGUUGAUAUCAGAAGUCUUGCACUUUCUUGCUUUGGAUUGGUCGAUGUUGGAGAAGUAACAUUGACAGAUGCCCUGGUGCCCCUUGAGUUAAAUUAUUUUCAGCUGAGAAAAGCAGCUGACAUCAAGAAUGAAUUUACACAUGGGAUGCUGAGCCCUAAAAAAGCUGCUAAUAAAUUAACAAAGAACCGCAUCGCUUUGUGUGGAAAAUAGGAGUAACAAGUGCAGAAAAAAGGCUGCCAAUGGAAAUAGGCCAGUAAAGAUUUAUACUGUAGAAAAAGAAGUUUGAAUACACUAUUCAAUUAUAUUGAUAAAAUAUGUUCACAAUAAUUAAACUAUGAGCUCUUCACUUGUUGAAGGUAAUUGUAAAAAGAGAUAAAGUGAAAAAUCAUUUGCCUGUAAAAGUGUAAAUGUGGCUGUAGUUGACAGCAUGCCAAACUGCUGAGCUAACCUGUCAGGUGGUGCAAAGUGAGCUAUGUCUUAAUUGCAGAUCGUCUACAGCACCAGCGGUGAUACCUUAGCCCCUAAGCAGCCAAUUAACAUGGGGCUAAUGGAACAGAAAUGUUUGGCCACUCAGAGGUCGCCAUGUGAUUUGCAUAAUACUGAGUGUAUGAGGGAAGUGUGGGGCAGGUGUUAUUGGAGGAAAUGAUGAGAAAAACAUGAGAUGUCAACUUUAUCACGCUCUGUUUAUUCUUAUUUUUAGACCCCGGGGGCUUUGUGUGCCACAGUUACUCGUACGGUCUGCGUGCCAUCAUCCAGUGUCUGCCUGCGUGGUUCCGCUUCAUCCAAUGCCUCAGGCGUUACCGUGACACCAAGAGGGCUUUCCCUCACCUGGUGAAUGCUGGAAAAUACUCCACCACCUUCUUUGUCGUCACCUUUGCUGCACUGUACGCCACACACAAAGGUAGGAAACAGGCCACACGAGGUACAAUCUGAAAUAUUUUUUCACAGAGGUGGGUUCAGAUUGUUUUUGAUGAGGUGGCUGGACUUGAGUGGAGGGGUGGGGUGCACACAGAGUUGGUCUGCAUAGGAUUAGGAAUGAUAAGCAUUUUUAAAAAUUUCUAUCCCAUCUAACAAAGUUCAUGUAUUAUAAUAUAUUUUUUUUCAUUUUAAUAUAUUUUUUAACUUUAAAAAGUCACACACAGGGUUAGUCCAGUUGAAGUACUAAGAAAUGGCUCGCAUUGCAAAAAAGGAACCUGCUGUAGACUAGAAAGACCCAUUCCUCAUCUGUUGCUGUGACAACCAAAAUAAACAACAAGGUAAUUAAAAAUGACUCCCACCUCUGACAAGGCAAAUAACCAAUCUUAUCUUCCGAUUCUUGGGUGGUACCAAACCCAUCAAAUUUCAAAGCAGCUGGUGUUUCCCCUGGCCACCCCUUUGGACAUGCCCCACCUACUUCAUGUGAGACAGAUGGUUCAAAACCUCAGCUGAGUCUACGUGUUCAUAUAAAAAAGUAUCUGCUAUCAAUUUCAGGCUGUAAAGUGAAUCCCAGAAUGACUUAGCAGAUACAGAAGAUCUCAAACAUCAAUAUUUUGUGUUGGUGUUACAGGAGCAUGUCAACAACUCUCAGGGUUUCUCGUCUUUGUACUCAGUCAUAUGUGUGCUUAGAAAGCAGAGGUGACCUUGCAAACAAAUGCAAGCAGUCGGCCUUGGCUUCCACCUCAUUGCCGGGAGCUUUUUUAAUGGAAAUGGGAAGGUUUGUGAAAUGCUGCGAUGGAUAAACAAGGUUCUGCACUCACUGUAUGGCGUUUAAUCUAACUGCAGGAGAGGGAGAGAGAGGUAGCAGGUAGAAAAAUAGAGGGUAGAGAGGUACUGUUGCCUUAGAUCUACCAGAAAAUGAGAGAAAAAGAGGAAAUGAAAGAGACAUUACAUUAAAAGUCAAGUCACUCUGUUUCUGACAGCAUUACAAUUAGCCUGCAAUUAUUCACAUUUAGAAGUCCUAUCACAAAAGAGUUCACGUUCAAAGACACAGCGCCCAACAAAUACAAGCGUUUGAGCAGCAUUGAUCUAUUGUAUUUUCCAUAUUCAUCAGAGAAAUGUUUUUAUGAGCUGCACAUACAUUAAAACUCUUAGAUGUCAGUUUACGUUAUUUUCCUGCAAAAAGAAUCUUUGUCUUUCAUAUUUGAACUGCUAAAUGAGACCUCCCAGCUUGAUUUUCUCCUUUUUCCAAUUUAAAUUGAAAUCAAUACUCUUGCUUCCUGAACGGACUGCUGGUAAUCUGGUAUUUCAUGAACUGGGGAGACAGACACACAGACAGACAGACUUCCUUUUUUUCUGCCACAGCUCAACAGGAAAGGCGUCCAUUAAAGCACAUCCAUCCUCCUCACUCCUCUUGUUUGAAGCCUGUAGACUAAUGGCGCUCCUUCAUACCUUAUUCUGUAUGAAGCUGUCUUUCAUCCUGUGAUGAUAAUGAAGGCCAAGACCAAGUGCUGCUUAAGUAAAGGAGCGGAAAGGGAAAUCGGACAUUUGCAAACAUUGAUAGUGAGGAAACUGUGGAAUAUUUGAUCUGUACACUCACCGGUUAUCUGAUAAACUUCAACCUAAUUAUAAACAAAGAGAAGCAAACAGUCUGUCAGUUGUUAAAGUGGGAGUAAAGAUGACUUUAUCAGUGAUGCUUCCUGUAGACCAGACAGAUGAUGCUCACCACAUUACCCAGUACCUUCCUGAUAACACAGCAGACUGGUGUCGUGUUCACACCACUGGGUCCAGCUGUAAAAGGUGGCUGCAGUCUCAGUCAGUAUCUGGCAUCGCUCCCAGCUUCUGUCUGUGGAUGUGUCACCUUCAUUAUGAACCUGAGCACGGCCAUGAUGGCUCCUGUGUGACCUCACUGCCUCAAAGACUCACUCCUUCCUGGAACUGGAAAGGAAAACGCUGAAACCGUAAAUGCAACGAAUAAAUCAUGAGCUUCUCCGGAGAACAUCGGUUUUUAUUCACUGUCUGCUUCUUUCUUUUUUGCAAAUCUAAGUCUGUGAUGUCAGGGGCUCGUAACUAAAGAUGGGAUGUAGGACUUCCCGGUUUGGGCAGGAUUCCCAGACCCUCGGAGAUUCAGCGAAAUGCCUGACAAUAAAGCAGAUUACUUUACUCGGGAUCAAUAUUCAGACUUAUUGCUGUUUCAAAUGCAGUGGGGUUGCUUACAAGCCUAAUGUUAAUUUAACCUCCGAGGAUUUAUCUCAUGGAUAGAAAAAGGCAGAGUGUUGGACAGUGGACAGGAAAUGGACAAAACUCUGAUUAACAGAAGGAUGUUUGAAGAGGUUAUUAACUAAAUUAACUUGAAUAAAUUACAAGGUAAUACUGCAGCAUAUGCACUAGGGUUGUUUGGUUAAUGUACACAUGGUAUCAAAGACACCUCACUGUAUGAAACAUUGAUGAAAAAAGGACAAAAUUUAACUAAGAUAUACUCGACAAAGAGGGACAUUUAUCCUGCUGGCUCUUGUAAGAACAUGGUGGUCAAAGGCAGAAAUAAAACAAGUUCAACUGUAAAUGUCGAGGUACUGGAGCACAGAGGGGGAGGAAGAAUUAAAGGGAAGAUAGACGUGGAAAAAGAGACGCAGAGAAAAUAACUGAGCGCCAGAUUAUAUAGAGGUGUGAAAAACUGUGAUGUGAUGGGAAAUUAGAGCUUCAAAGAUAUAGAAAAUAAGAUUAUCAGGGAAAAAGAGGUGAAGAAGUUUCAGAAGAGAAAAGAGGAAAAAAGGAAAGGAGAGGAUGAGGUGGUAAAGGGGGAGAGAAAUAUGGAGAAAAGAGGGGAAGGGAGGAGAGGGCAGAUAAAGGAGAAAAGAGGAGGGUGGAGAUAACAAAAUAAAGAGAGGGGGGAGAGGAGAAGAAAGGAGAUGAAUGAGGAGAGGAGAGAAAUAAGGAGAGAGGAGAGGAGGUGUAAUCAGAAGCCUGGGGCUGAACACAUGUCUGCUGGACUCUGCUGGAAUAGAGAUGAGCGCAGAGCUGACAGCUUUUAUAACUUCAUUUCAUGUACUGACCCUUCUUCAUAAUAGGAAGAUGAAUGGCAACACACACACUUACACCACCUGUCAGUUAAACACAAGUUAACCAUGAAGAUAAAGACACACCUCUCUCUCUCUCUCUCUCUCUCUAUCUUCUACUCUCUCUCUCCCGCCUUAGCUCUCUGCCUACUUGAACUCAGUUUCACCUCUGCUGUUUCUCCCUCCAUAGAUUACACACAGCAUUUACAUGUAGAGUCAGGACACGCUAAGGUUAGCCAGUGGAUAUACAGUUGAUGGGUUGUGUGUAAAAAAAAAAAAUUAACUGCAAGCUUAUUCUUUCUUUCUGCUUGUCUUUUUAGAGAAAUGUUAUCACGUAGGACUCGCCAAACUUUCACCUGCUCACACUUGUAAACAGUUUUCCUUUGUAGGAUUGGAGUUGGAAUUAAAGAUGCGGAUGGUUGAGAUCUGAGAGGCUGGGUUUUUAAGUACCCUUCUUGCUUAUUUUGGUUGUCACAGCAACAGAUGAGAAAUCACCCCUUCUCGUAUUAUGAACAGGUUUCCAUCAGUGAGCCUGUUUCUGAAAAUGAACCUGUUAGAGUCCUCUGUUUCAGGGCUGUUCAACCCCAUGGGUGUCUGUGGAUUACAAUAGCGAGCCUGUGUGUGUGUGUGUGUGUGUGUGUGUGUGUGUGUGUGUGUGUGUGUGUGUGUGUGUGUGUGUGUGUGUGUGUGUGUGUGUUUGUAUGUGUGCAUGUGUGACAGACUUAAAGUAAUUGUGACAGGAGCCAGUGACCACCAGUCGUCUCCACUGAAUCCCUAUCAGUGUUCCUCCCAGCCUGCUCAGCCUUUUUUAUGGCCCAGUGACUAACCAACCUGCUGGAAAAAAUGAGCAUCAGUCUGAACAGGAAGUGAAGGGUUAAAUGCUCACACAUUUCACUAACUGAGGGAAUCACAUCAGUCUCCUGUGAAAAGAGUCUAUUGUCCACGACUAAGUUUAAUGUACAGCUGGGAAAUCUCAGCGGGGCCGUGGGGACUCCUUCCCCCGAUGCAUCGCUCAGCCGGAGCAGCAAACAGCACAAAAGCACUGACGGUUAAUGUUGCGGUGUAGCAGUUACUCUCUGUUAGAAACAUCCCGCUCUGCUCCUCGGCGUCUCGCUGGCUGCAACCGGGAAGACCGAGUGAUAGUGACGAAUGGGAAUGAGUCUGGUCUCUUGUCUGUGUCUGUGUGAGUCACUGUGCGAGGCCACCGGGUGCUGAUUUAUAUUUCAGCACCCUGUGAGGAACAAGCACAUCACAGUUACAGUGAUCAGUCAGAAACAUCCAGACACUGCUGAGCCCUGCUGAUCAUCUAGACAUCAACAGCUUCUAACUUAACUAUCCUGUCAGCUGGAGUCUGACAUCAGCUGGUUGACCAACAAUAACCAUUGGUAUUAUUGCAGUAAACAUGCAUGUUAUACCUGUGUUUCCAUAGGUGUAUUUUUUGUAAAUUUUACAUGCAUAAAACAUGAACUCUGACAGUUACAUUUUGUUUGUGAAGAGGAAUCAGGAAAGAGUGUUUGGGACUGACUUUAAUUUGUUUUCCUACAUGCUUUCACAGCUCUGGGACACAAAGAAAAACAAACCUGUAGUGCAUUAUAAGUCCAGUGCUGAUAUCUUCCUACUCAGACGCUCUUUUAACCCAGCAAGUGAAUGAGCAGCAACAAAGCAUGUAAUAUGAUCUUUAAUCAUCUUCAGAAUGGAGGACCAUGUUUUCAUGGAAGAGGAUGUUAGGCUUUUAAUGCAAUAGCAGCCCACAGGACAGCUAUUAAUCAUUGCUGGAGUAUUUGUGAUAGGACGGCUCCCUCUAGUGGUCAAAGUAUUGUUGCAGAAGUUGCUCUGACAAAGAUAUGUAACGUGCUGUGGAUUAAGUUGAUUCAGAAAGCAGCUUCUUUCAUGACAGAUCUUUAAACUGAUUAUUAUUUCUUAUAUGAAUGUUUUCUUUUUGUUGUGCAUUUUCUCUGAUUCCAGAGCAAGGACACACAGAUGCUGACAUGUUCUUCUACCUGCUGAUCGUGUUCUCCACCAUCAGCUCCCUCUACACACUGAUCUGGGACCUGCGCAUGGACUGGGGCCUGUUUGACAGAGGAGCUGGAGAAAAUGUCUUUCUAAGAGAGGAAAUCGUUUACCCACACAAGGUGGGGUCAUCAGAAUACCGUAUCGUGUACCGUAUAACAAUCAUUUUAAGAUAAUUAGCAGCACUUUCUAAAACAAAGUCACUCAACAUUUACAAACACUGAGGGAAUCUAACGUAAUGCUGUUAGACUGUUUUCCUAAACUCUGUCCCUCUCCACCCAGGCCUAUUACUACUGUGCCAUCAUAGAGGAUGUGAUCCUGCGUUUUGCCUGGACAAUUCAAAUUUCCCUGACUACAAUGACAAAGAUCCACUCAGUGGGUGAUAUCGUAGCCACUGUGCUGGCGCCUCUUGAAGUCUUCAGGUGAGUUUUAAUCACAUGUAACUCUGUCUACUCAUACUCAAAGCUCUGUGGGUAAGGAUUUUUUUUCCCCUCGUCUCUCUGUAGGCGUUUUGUGUGGAACUUCUUCCGUCUGGAGAACGAGCAUCUGAAUAACUGUGGUGAGUUUCGGGCUGUAAGGGAUAUCUCUGUGGCUCCUCUCAAUGCUGAUGACCAGACGCUGCUGGAGCAGAUGAUGGACCAGGAAGACGGCGUCCGUAACCGCUCGGGGAAGAAGACCUGGAAGAGAUCCUACAGCCUGUCGCUCCGACGCCCCCUGCUGUCCUCCUCACAGUAAGAGAACACUGACACUCUUGAGACAUCAGCUUUCUGCCAACGUCAUUAGUUUAAUCAGAUAAACACUGAGCUAGUAGCUAAUAAGAAAAAAAAGAUCAUUUUGAUUGCUGGUCAUCAAAACGUUUUUCCACACCUUCUUUUUUCUGCUGAGUUUGCAAUAUUUAAAAUUUUUAAUAAAGUAAAAAACAAAAAUAAACGCACUUACAGAGACCAAUGAAGCUUAAAAUUACCUACAUGGUUUUGCUUGAUGUCCAACUCUGAUCAACAUAUUAAAAAUAGUUAUUCAAACAAAAAAUUUAGAUUUUAUGAACAAAGAAAACUAGAAAUUUUCCAUUAGCAUUUUAAAUUUCAGGUACUGAUCCAGCACCUGGACUUUAGUAUCGGCGAUAUCAAAAAUUUCUUAUAAUUUCAUCUUGAUGCCAAAAAAUUUUUUAACACAGUACUUGUUGCAGAAGACUGGUUACUAACAUGCUAUCACAUUGACAUUUAAAGUUAUAUUUAGGGAUGGGAAUCGAGAACCAGGUCUUGUCUUAACGAUUCCCUUAACGAUUCCUUUCUUCCGGGUGCCUUAAAAAAACGGUCCCGCGAGUGCCAGUCUAUGCGAACAGGAACAGAGACAGAGAGAAAAACAUGGUGGGUGGUACAAAAAGUCGGCAGAAACGAGCUAAAUUUUAAUUUUACUAAGAAAGACGACAACAGUGCAACAUUUUUCGAGCAGUGAUAUCAAAGGCCAGUACCAGUACUGACACUGAUAUCUGUUUUAUACUAAUACUGACAAUGAUACUUAUCACAAAGGUUGAUAUUAGAAUACUAAUACCAGCACUGAUAUUGGUAUUUGAUACUGAUAUCAGUAUUGAUAGUAACAUAAUUAUUGGCACUGAUAUCAGUAUUGGAACAACCCUCAAUGAAAACUCUCUGCACGAACUAAAGACCUAGAAACUCGAGGAAAAACGACCAUACAGAGGACAGUGGUUUUCUGAAGCGGUUAAAAAAAAGUUGCUGUUAUUAAGUAAAAUAUUAAAAUAUGAGUCACUAACAUGUUUGUUAAAUUCUUAAGAUGUUUUUUCACACCUCUUUUCCAGAUCGAAAAAGGACACCAAGGUGCUAAUCGAAGACACGGAUGAUGAAGCCUUCAGCUGAGUCCACAGCAUCGGCACAUACACUCAGAAAACACACUCACAGUCAUAGUAUACUUAUAAGGACCUCAUUCACUAACACCCAAACCUCAACCCUUUCCCCUUAGAGUAAAAAGUCUAGAAACCUCUAACCCUCAGUCUGAACCUUUAAAGCAGUGAGGACACACAAUGCCCUCACUUUGGACAUUUACCUCAUCUUUACAUCCUGUUGUGUACAUUUGGUCUUUAUAAGUAUGGAUAGAAACACACAAAACACACACAAAAAGAGAAACCUGCUGAAGCACAAACAUAGUGUCACAUUAAUACAUUCGAGGAGAGAGUUAAUGACACACACAAACAAACACACAGACAAAUAGAUGGACAAACGCAAAGGGAAAUCUCCUGCAUGUAACUGGAAACACAGACCACACUGCCCUGGGAUUGUUCUCUUCUUUUUAAAAAAGGACUUUUUAUUGAAUUAUUUGUAGUUUUUUUUUAGAAACUUGUAUUUCUUUAGAGUUUCUUUUCUUUACUUUCUCUGGAUUUAUUUUGAACAGCUGCAUAAAAAGGCAGAUGACUGUUUACAUGUCUUUAUAACUACUUUAGGAUUAACAGGGAGAAGACAAGCCAAUCUAAAGACUAAAUAUGAAUCAAUACAAACCAGAGGAAGGACUCGACACUUAUCACAGCAUAUCAAAACAAAUCAACUGGUUUCAGCUUGUUGAUUCUUUUAUACAUCAUCUUUUUUUGUUUGUUUUGUUUUAAUACUGUCGAUUGCAGCUUUGGGGGCACUUGCAGGAAAAGUGCAUUUAAUACACAAAACAUGGAAAAAAUAACAAAAAAGGAUGUUUUUUGAUUCAAACAUUUCUAGUCUGUGAAGUUGCUUUGUAAAAUAUUGAAUAUAUUUUGAUGUGCAUUGUUACUCUAUUGUAGUCGUUCAGUACUUUUACAUGUGUUGUUUAUACUAGUUAGACUAGUUUGAGCAUUCACACAAUGAUUGUUAAGAUUGUUAAUGUAUUUUAUAAUGUUUGGAAUGUUUUUCUUGGUUGUGCCACAUUUUUAAUAAGCUCAUAGUUAGGCCGUAAGAUAUUCCCGGAUUCAAAUUAGUGCAAACUGAUUGUGAUAAUUGUGUCAUCUUAAAGUGCCCUAUUAGCUGAAGUGUAUUUACUUUUAUUUGUGUUUACUACCAGAGCUUUCUUAUAUGAAUGUGACUGUGGUUACAGUGGCUCUGUCUGUACAUCCUGCACAAAGCUUGCAAGAGCUGUGUACAAAAGUUUAUCUGAUAUCAGGCUGUUUGAGCAGGUAGUUUCCCUCUUUUUUUUAAAAUCACAGUGAUUUUAGCAGCUUCAGAUUUAUAGUUGAUCUGCUAGCAACCCGAUAACACAAAUGGGAACGGGACCAUGGAGGGAAAACAUGAAUUCAUCCAUCCAUUUUUAUCCAUGCAGCAGCAGCCUGAGCUUUUCUAGGGUAUUUGGAGGCGUUCUCAGGUCAGGUGGGGCAUAUUGUACACUGAUAUUGCUCUUUUGAGCUCUGGGUCUACCCCUGGGCCUUCUCUGAGUUAAACAUGCCCAGAAAACCUCCAAAGAGAGGAGGCAUCCUCAUGUAAUUAAUAUGAGUCAUAAAUGGUUUGAUAAGCAAACAAAAGGUAACGAGUGCUACGAUACAAACACGCCCGGUAAGAAUUUGAAAUAGCACAAAAUGAAAAAUUAAAACAGAUUGAUUGGUCAAAAUAUAUACACAAAAGUUUUCUUUAAUGUGUAUAUAAAAAUCCUAGGAAAUACAUUAAAAGAAAGUCAUUUCCAACUACAUAAAAUCAAACCCCAAUCAGCUCUUUUUGAAGCAAAAAUGAAAAAUAUUGUCAAUUCUGUGUAAAUCUAGUUGGAGGUACAUGAAAAAAAGAUUUGAGACCCACUGGUAAACAGUCAAAACACUACUUUUGUUAACACACUUCAGCGCUGCGACAAAUUGUGACCCCUCUGAGAAAAUGUCUUUGUUGCAUGAUGAGCAUUUUUACACAGUCUGAUUUGCUGCUGAAAUGGUUUCAGGGAGUUUUUUGUGCCAUACAGGGAGUUUCCUGCAACAGAAAGUUAGACUAUAACACAAUGACUGAUCUGAGUUCACCUAAACUUUUAAAAUAUAACCUGCUACAGUUCAGAUCUUGCAAAUACAAAGGUGUUAAACAGUAAAUAUCUAUAACCUGAUAUUGCCCUAACUCCCAUCCACCCUAAGGUUUACGAAUCAUCUGCAUUUCAGUCUCACAAUAUUUAUUUUUUGUCUGAUUGUAAUAUCGCCUUUUUAAUUUUAGCACUUUAAAAAUAUUGAUUGUUGAGAUUUGUUUAAUCAAAUGUCUUUAACUCAUGUGAGACGAGAAACAAAUGUUUUUUUUCUUUUCCUUUGCCACUUGAGUCCCCUAGCUUCCAGAAAACGAUGCUCAUUUUUACUCUGACACGAGUUUCACUCUGUGUACUCUUUGGCCACCGUCCCUUCGCUCCCUGCUCUGCUGUUCCUCCCAGCGGCUGCGCUGCGUCACCACCAGCCCGCCAUGAUACAAACCAAGAGAGCUUUGAGACACAUCACAGAGAAAGUCCUGUUUUUUCUUCUUUUUCUCCCGUCGCGGCUAAAAAAAAACUUCAAAAGCUUCUAUAGCAAAGAGCUUUAUGUGAACUGGAAAGUGAGAAAAUGUGUUUUACCUGUUAAAAUGUAGAAGAUGGGUCGAUUCCCCAUCCACAUGUCAUGGGAACAUGUCAUAUUAUACACACACAUAAACACACACACACACACUGCCUCUCUCCCAACACUACAGCAGAUAGUUUUGUAAAAAGGCUGUGUUGUCUUGCCUGCAUGCUGCUUUUCUUUUACAUUGUACAUAGAUCUUAAUUUAUUUGACAUGAUGUGUAUAUUAGCAAUCAUUGCAUCUACUGUGAUGAUGAUUGAGCGCUUCUGUUGCCAUUUUUGCUUCGAACAAGCAGUAUUUUCUAGGUGAUGAGGAGCCUUUUCUGAUUGGUCACAAUCCUGCACUCUUUUUCAUGUGUAAAAAUCUUUUCAAAAUGUGUUUGUAUUAAAAAGAAUAGCAUAGAAGCGAUGAAUGUGAUUGGUCGUACCCUGUCGGUGAUUUCCUCUGAUUUUAAGGCUCCAUUAUCUCUGCAGGGGGUUUGUGUCCAUAAAGAAAGAGGUGGGGGCAAAAGAGGCUGAAUACUCUGUCUGGAAGAAGCUGUAACACUCCGUACAUUUGUGGAUGUGCAUGAAAAAUAGUGGAGGUUACAUGCAUUGUUGUUGCCGCCCUGCUGAAAGAAGCACUUUUAUCCUACUGUAAGGCACAGGAACAGACCCCUGAGGAACCUCAUCAUAACAAGAUGCUGUUCAACUGAUCCCAGAUCUGCCAACAAACACAUCACAGAUGUUUUAUUUGCUCUCUGGAAGCAUUUUUUAAAUACUUCUCUGUGAGGGAAACAAAUGUUAAAGUAUGUGGUAACAAAAACAGGGUUCUUUUGUAAAAUCAUGACACCGAAAAGCCCUGACAUCCCCAUUUUUUUCUCAUGGGUGAAGACCAUUUUUUCACUGCUUGCUGAAACCCCCUCCCCUGAUGUUAAAGUGCUUGAUAUUUGUCCCUCUCUUGAUGUUCGUACCCGUUCUCUGAUCUAGCUCAACGUGAUAGUCCCUGUAGUUUGGUAGAUGGAUGUUCUACUUGGAUAAGAUACAAAAAAAAAAGACAACAGAUGAAAAAACAUUGUGGCUAAAUGUGAUUUGAAGAGACAUAAAGAAAGAUGUCUUACAUUCUGAACCAUCCCCCCCCCCCCUCCCGAGUCCCUUUUACAGAGUAGUUUGUACAUGUUGAGUGUAUAACUGUUCUAUGAUGGUUUUCCUGAUGGUAUUUGUAUUUCUGUAUCCACUUUGGUGAUCCUGUCAUAUCUGGGUUUUAUAAACCACAAUUAUUUUUAAAGCUCA